CCACACAUGCACACAGCAGCUACUAUCAGAGGUGGAGUUUGUUGCCUAGGUUAUUCCAUACGCCGCCAGCCGGAGGGAGGGCUGCUGACUCUCAACGGUUCUGCACUUCAGGAGUCCUGUUUGGCAUUCAACUGUGGCCCGUGUGUCGUGUGCAAAAGAAGGAGGGAAGCAUGAACUGCAGGGCAGCCCUCGGAGAGAAGCAAUGUGGUCCCUUCUCCCCUCGUGUGUGCAGAGCAAGGUCAUCAUCGCGCAAGGCAGUUCAGCACAACUCCUGGCCUAACAAACGUUUUCACACUUUGCAAAAGACCGCAAAGCACAAACCCCGCAGGUGUCGCUCUCAGAGGUAGGUACAAUGCAACAAGUCCCAGGAUGGGACUUUGUUGUUUGGAAAUUUAUUUCUCUCUCUGCACUUUUAAACAUAUCUCCUGCUAGCACUGCAGCGGGAUUUUUCCGCCUGAUACCCUCCCCCUUCUUGGAUUCUCACACAGUGGCUUUUUACGGCCUUGGUUCCUUUCUCAUGAAGCACAGUGUGCAGAGAUAGAUAGAUAGAUAGAUAGAUAGAUAGAUAGAUAGAUAGAUAGAUGUCCUACCCUCAUUGCAUACUGUAUCAGAGUCUGGGUGAAUUUCUGUUGCAGAUUAUUUUGGGGGACAACCCUAAAAGUUCCAGAUUGAACACUUAAUGUACCUGACACCUGCACAUUAUCAUAAACAUUACAGUGUGGCUGCUUUUUUCCUCAAUUUUAAUAUUUUUGUUACUUUUCUGUAAACCCGCUUUGAAGCUUGGUUUGUUUGUUUCAACCAAGUGGUGUAUUAUGAAAUAAACACUCUUUUUUAAAGCCACCCCGCUUUGAUUUUAUUGGGUUGGUUUUUUUACCUUUUUGUAAACCUGCUUUGAGGCGUGUGGUUUUUGUUUUACAAUUAUAUUUUAUUAAGUCUCAACGUUUUUAGCGUAUACAGGCAGACCACCAUUUUGUCUUUUCUCUGAUUUUUCGUCGACUUCCCACUCUUUUAUUCCGUGGAGUUGCUGUUUCUCCCCUUCUGUUGCGCCUGAUCUCCUAUCUAUCAUAUCAUCACCACAAUAUUAUGAUCUAAAUACUUCUGUUGCUUUGAGGGGUUUUCUUUGGUGGUUUUUGGCAACCAAGCGGUGUGUUAUGACAUAAAUAAAGAGCAAUCUCUUUUUUAAACCGUGACUGUUUACCCCACCCCACCCCCAAUUCUAUUGCUUUUCUACCUUUUGGCAAACCCGCAUUGAGGUCUUUCGUUGUUGUUGUAGUAGUAAAACAAGUAAACAAAGUAACACAAAGUAAACAUUAGUAAAACAAGUAAACAGGCCUGGGCCAAAGGGCCUGGGCCUAAGGGAAGCCUCUGCAGUUCCACCUCCCACCAGCAGGGGCUGCUAUGGGCUCCUAGUUCACCUGCCCCAGGUGUGUCCACUUCCUUCCCCUACUUGGAUCCUCUUUCAGGUGAGGAGUGGGAAGAGGACAAUCCGUAGCAGGUGGGACGCAGGCCUUGGGCCUAGGAGAAGAUGGCGUUUCCGUGUAGGCCAAGGGGCCAGCCACCCCCUACUCAACCACCCCUCCCCAAAUAACCUUUACUGACUUGCGGUUCUAAGGUUUUAAAGAAUUGGAGCAUCUCUGCCUAAUGCGUAGUCAAGUGACUGCCACCAUCUCAGAGCUACGUUUUGGGUUUUUUUUGGGGGGGGGGUGGUUUACCUAUCCGCUUGAUUUUUGGCCUGGCAGGGUGUUCAAGCCGCCAGACAAGGCUUUUGGAGCAUCCGGACCCACGUUUUCAUAUUUAGCAGGGGAGAGUGUUGGGACUUGAAAGACAGGGAGGCAGGCAGCUUGCCUGCCCGGGAUACCUUUUUCGGGGGGUUUUGCCCUUAGUGUUCCUGUUUCUGAGGAAUGUCUAGUCUGGGGCGGAUUUUGGUCAUCUUUCAUCCUAUGGUGCCCUGAGCGAGGCCAGAAUCUGGUGCCCCCAAACGGAUCUUCUCAGUUAUGAAUCUUCUCCGUUUUGUGCCCCUUCGGCUUGGCAGGGGAACCGCCCGCACUGCCCUAGAUCCGGCACUGGUGGGUUUUCUCUGAGAGUUAUUACAAUACAGCAGGUAUGGACUGUUGACAAUUUCACCCCUUCCUCGCAGGACCCAGAGCAUGCAGACUCUGUCAGCACAGCCCAGUCUUCUGGUCCCUGGGUAACUGCUAGUGGAUUGUGGGUUAGGAUGCCGGAUUAUGGAUUUCUUGAUUGUUGAGUUCUUAAAUCUGCUGUUUUGCUCAAAGGGUCCAAAAGGCCUGGAAGCUGCCUAUGUCAGCUUGUCAAGUCGCCUUGGCAGCUGCUUCCCUAUAUUAAUUUAUUUUAUUUAUACCCCACCUUUUCUCCUGAACAGGACGCGGGUGGCGCUGUGGGUUAAACCACAGAGCCUAGGGCUUGCCAACCAGAAGGUCGGCGGUUCGAAUCCCCGCAACGGAGUGAGCUCCCGUUGCUUGGUCCCUGCUCCUGCCAACCUAGCAGUUCGAAAGCACGUCAAAGUGCAAGUAGAUAAAUAGGUACCGCUCCGACAGGAAGGUAAACCGCUCCGACGGGAAGGUAAACGGCGUUUCCGUGCGCUGCUCUGGUUCGCCAGAAGCGGCUUAGUCAUGCUGGUCACAUGACCCAGAAGAUGUACGCCGGCUCCCUUGGUCAAUAAAGCAAGAUGAGCGCCGCAACCCCAGAGUCGGCCACGACUGGACCUAAUGGUCAGAGGUCCCUUUACCUUUCUCCUGAAAGAGCAAACGGCAUCAAUAAUAACAUGAUUUUUUAAAAAGUGUUCAUAAAACAUUAAGUGUUUUAAAACAUUAUCUCAACCAGUGAGCUCAGGGUUGCCAGGAAGCGUCUUUCAACCAUCUAAUGCCUAGGUAAAGGAUCUCUAAAAAAAUUCCUGAAAGUCAGGAAUGUGGGAGACAGGCACACCUCACCAGGGAGAACAAUUCACAACAGGGGAAGUGCAACGGUUCUGUUACAGGUCAGCACCAACCAGGCAGUCUCCCCACCCCAGGGGUGGCACCACCAACAAGGUGAAUAUGUCACAAAUACAGAAAAUUCUGACAUCCUGGUUUUAAACAAUUCCUUCUCCCCUCCCAAAUCCUGAGUGGUCCUCUUGGUGUAGUCUCUUUUUUCACCAUUUCAGCCAGCUUCAUUCAUUCACUCUUUUCUCCUAUGCAUUGGCCUUAUAUGCUGCAUUUUAAAAGAGAGUCAAGAAAGGCAGAUCCCAAACAUCUUAUAGUACUCUACACUACCAUAUGAAUAAAUGAAAGAAGAAUGUAUUUGACAUGCCCUAGAGAGACCUUGUUACUAUAAAAGCAUAUUUAAACACUUCUAGUGCUCCUCUUUGCCUGUUAUUGAGCUCAGUUGUCAGCUUUUCUUAGGUCACCCCUCAAAGCUUGAUACUGAGUGUGGGGGAAGGGGAAUAAAACCAUUUCAAAAAGAAAUAAAUAUAUGUAUUUCAGCCUUGUAAAUAAGCCCCCCUCCCUAGUAGUAGCCUGCAAAAUAAAAAAUACUUGCCUUUUUUAUGCAGCUGAAAGCACAGCAGACUCCCAAAGGAAGGAGAGAACACACAGGCUUUCCCCCCAUAUAUUUAUUGAUUUUCAAGAAUACAGUGUUAUGUAAAGAAAUAAAAGUUAAACUGCUACACCUUUCCUCCCAAUUCUUCACCUGCCCUUGAGUGUCUAGAUUUCUUUGUUAUCUGAGUUAAGGUUAGCAUAAAUUCCAUACUUUUGUAGCUGUCCAUACAGUUUCUUCUUCAUCAGCCUGUUUUGUCUUCCUCCAUACCCAGUGGGGAAGUUGAGCAGGAUGAUGAAGGUGAAACCUGCUAACUCUCCUGGAGAGAAUUCCACAUACUUAGCUGCAUGGAAUUCCGGGUUGCCAAUGGCAACAAGGUGAGUGUUUAAAUACAAGACUCUUGUACACACUUGGGGAUUUGUAUCCUUUCCUUACAUGAAUAUACAGUAGCUAGAUUAUUCUAGACAAUGACCCCUAAUAAGUGUUCACUUUGUUCCAGAGCAUCGAAGUUCACCCAGGCUUAGUUAUUCUUGCAAGACCUCCCAUUCAUUUGUGGUUGCACAGGCACAAAAAUGUAAUUUAUUUAUAUAAAAAGGUCAAAUGUCUACAACAUAGCCAAAAUGUGUUAAACUGGAUUGUGCCUUUUAGAGAAUCAGCAAAGCCUCCCUUUUCCCUGGCGGAUGAUGGUGGGAGGAUCCCCUGAGAAUGUUCUCCUGAUAAGUUUUUCUGGACAGUGCAAAGGCAAGAUCUUAGCAUCUUAUUUUCAUCAAUGCAAGUGCUUUUUGACACCCCUCAUUUUUAAUUAAAUAUUAUGAUCCUUCAGGACAUCCAGGCUCCAUGAAACAUAAGACAAUUGUAUUAUUUUCAAUAACUCUUAGGCACCUCCCUGUCCAGCGCAUCAUUAGCACAAAAUUAGUCCUGCUCUCCUUGUCUUCUGCAUCUAGCCCCUUAGGCAAAUUCCACAUCACCACUGUUUGCAGCUCUUUGUUGAAACAUCUAAAGUCCUCCUAACUUGCAUGUGCAUUUUUUAGACUCUGUGAGCCAGCAAAGUUGCUGCACUUUGCUGAUUUGUCCUCCAGCAUAUUGAGCAUGAUGCGCUGAUUGGUGAUCUGACCAAAAGGCAAAAAGGCAAAGCAGUCAAAUGUAUCUGGCUUAGGUCUGCAUCCUCUUGUGUCACAUCUGCAUAAGCAAAGAGUUAAGCAAAUUUAUACUACAUCUUUUAAACUUGAAAUUGGAAGCUGUAUCCUGAAAAUGUGAAAUCUCUUAUCUUGCUUUUCUAAAGGUUCUGCCUUCUAAAAGUAUGUGUGACAUUUGAAUGCUGAUAAAGUUUAUAUCUAUUUAGGUUUGUCGUGAAAUCCUUUUGCGGUUCUUGGAGAGGACAAACUCCUUUUGAGGUAUAAAUAUUUUGGUGGUAGAUCAGAUUUUUAUUGCUAUUAUCUGGCACUGGCUGAGUAAGGGGGCGUGUGUAUUUAUUUGAAUUGCCCUGCAGUUCCAGAAUUCCUUGGGGGAAGCCAUCCACUUUAAAUGUAUGUUGUGGGUGUAACCACUGGGUAUAAUGAGGAUGGUCUCAAAUAAAUAUACUUCUUUCCCCCAUCGAUACAACCAGGAAAAACACUUUAAAUAAAAGCCAUACACUUAUUUUCAUUCAGUAAACUACUGUUCCCUUCCAACUAUUCAGACACUACAUAGAAAGCCUGAAAAGGCAAGGAACAAGAAGGAUAAAAUGAACAGAUAGGAAGGAAUCAUGAUGGGAUAGAAAUUUAGGUCAGUGUCAUGAGGCUUGGGAGACCAUAUAAAAUGUGGUUGGUCCCUGUUUUCCAUGUUGCUCACCUGUUCAAUAGUACAAGGCAAGGUAUUCAUUAAAAAAAAGUUAUAGUAAAGAAGCUUUCUUGUGAAAGGAGCUUUUCUUAAACUUUUUGUUUGUUUUGAAAUGGAAAAGAGCAAAAACACGUAAUUUUAAAAAUACCUAAUCAGUUUGUUAAAAUAUGUAACAUUUAAGAACCAUGGAUGGAUUCCAAAAUAAAUGUAUCCCGUGUAUACUUGUAAUGCUCUUGCAUUCAUUUGUAUAUUUUAUCAGAAAGGCUUUCUGAAAUUGAUUUCUUAUGAAAUAAUUGUUGUUGUUUGCAGGUUUUGCAAAAAUGAGCAAGAAUAUUAAAGAACUAAGGUAGUACCUGCUUGCUUUUACCCUGUUACAGAGGUGUCAAUAAUCUGCAGUUGACAAUCUGAGCACGGGAAUGUCCUUGAUAAUUAAUAGAUUCUUGGGAGAAUUUAGUAGUAAAGGAUUUAUCUGUUAGUCGACAUUAUCAUUUCUCAGACAGGUCCAGCAGACAGUGCAUGUGUUAAGGUGUGAAGUGUGCAAAUGCUUUUAACUGUCACUGUACAUUUAGGAAUGUGACCUGAAUGAAAAUAUUAGGCCAGAUUAUGGAAUAAAUGUACAAGUAACUCACAUUUUGAGGGACACGGAUGGCGCUGUGGGUUAAACCACAGAGCCUAGGACUUGCUGAUCAGAAGGUUGAUGGUUCGAAUCCCCGCAACGGGGUGAGCGCCCGUUGCUCGGUCCCUGCUCCUGCCAACCUAGCAGUUCGAAAGCAAGUCAAAGUGCAAGUAGAUAAAUAGGUACCGCUCCGGCAGGAAGGGAAAUUGUGUUUCCGUGCGCUGCUCUGGUUCGCUAGAAGCGGCUUAGUCAUGCUGGCCACAUGACCCAGAAGCUGUACGCCGGCUCCCUCGGCCAAUAAAGCGAGAUGAGCGCCGCAACCCGAGUCGGCCACGACUGGACCUAAUGAUCAGGGGUCCCUUUACCUUUUAACUCACAUUUUAUGGAAGGGUUCUGUUUUGGGGUCAAUGUGUAAAUGCAAAAUCACAUAAAGCCAGGAAACCCCAGAACUCCCCCCCCCGCCACCUGCAACUAUCCUUACCUGUCUGGAGUGGGCCUUGCCCACCGCCUUGCUUAGCAGACUUUGGGAGCAAGGAAGAGGGCUCAUAAACCUCUUUCCACAGUGUGUUUUCCUGUAAGGUACAAGUCACCUGUAGGUGGUGUAGUUCUUCUUUGGCGAUCACUUGUCUCCCAUGAACACGGUCUUAAUGGUGUGUCCGUAAGUGACUGUGGAGGCCAAUUCUGGAUCCACUCAUCCUUCCAAACCUAUGUGGGUACAUAGGUUUCCAGGUGGGAGUUAAUCACGGUGAGGGUUUGCCAGACACGCCUUCCUCUUUGCUUGUUUCUCCCUUUUGCCCUGAAUUUGAGCGUCUUCAAAACCCACAACACCUUUGGUAAAGGCUGUCCUCCAGUUGGAGCUCUUGCAGGCCAGUGUUUCCCAAUCUUCCAUGCUUAUACUGCUUUUUUUAAAAAAAGAUUUGCCUUGAGAGUGUCUUUAAACCUCUUUUGUUACCCAUCGGUGUUUCACUUUCCAUCCAACAUAGUCUCUACUCAUAUGCAGCCUUUUGACUCCACAGGGAAGCGCUGCAAAGGCAAACCCAAGAGACCUUGAAACUGCAGGAAGAAGCAACCAAAUUCUCAGUGGAAUCCCUCACACGUCAAGGGUGUUCCUCUCCUUCAAACCUCUUGACAAGUUCAGGUAUGUGCAGCCUGCAUGUACAUAAAGUGUAAAAAUUGAGAAUGCCUUGCAGCUACUAUUGAACUACUAUUUGCAUUCAAAAGAUGGAUGAAAAGGUUAAGCCUCUCAAAUAGGCAGCCCUGGCUAAAACUCUACAAAAAAAUGAGUUGAUUAGAUCAGUUUAGCGAGAGACUUAAAAUGUUUUUUUAUAUAUAUUUAAAAAAUGGAGCAAAACUCACUUCCAAUAUGUUACAUACUCGAACCAGUUCUUCAUUCAGACAAUAAAUACCCUCAAACUGAUCUAGGUCUAUGCUCAAAAGGUUGGGAUUUUUAUACCAUUCCAAGAAAUUAGAUACCUGACCCAAUAAGUGUAAUAAGCAUCCUGCUUAAAUUUUCAUAUACCCGAUUCAUUCUUUAAAACUAUCCUCCCAACACUUAUUCUACAUUAUUCUACAAUAUUAUAUAUUGCAACGGCAAAAAAAAUGUUAUAAUAUAAAUGGAAUAUAAAUGGAAAAUAGGAAAGAUUUAUAUAAAACACAGGAAAGUUAAGAGACUGAAUUUCCCAUCACAUCUGUAGCUGUCAUCCAGUUGUACUCUCAUCAAGCCCGUUAGGCAAUAACAUUACCCUUAUCUGUGGGCCCAAUACAUCCUUUUCUUUAACUGUUUGAAUAGUUCUUUUCCUGAAGCUUGUGUAUGCUCUACACACCACAAUUUCAGAAUCUUUCCUGCAAGUUUGUGUUCAAAAAUUGUUUGGCCUAUGAGCUUUGAAGUCUACUAGUUCCAGUGCAACUUCUACACUCACAGAUAGGAGUUGUAGUUUUUUUGGGUUGUCAUGCCUUUGUGCCAUAAUGAGCAAAAGCACUGCCCUAUACCAAUUGCUCCUUCAGUGCUAUAUGUAUAAAAGUCCUUAAUCAUAUAUUCCUUCUUAUUUCUAGGAUUAAUUCAUCAUAUGGUUUCUCUUUCACAGAGAUACAGUUUUCAGCACCCUUAACAAACUACAGUUCCCAGAACGCAGCCCAUAUCUUGCUGCAGUUCAGACAAACACUACAACUUCCACAAGGAUAUUGUCUUUUGCUGUUGCCAUUUGCCUGCCUUGAGAGUUACUGGAAGAGUGUGCCACAGGAGGCUGAAGUCAAACCGUUGGAGAGUUACAGCGCCUGCUGUGGCUGUAGAGACCAAUACAGGAGAGACAUAUUUUGUUGCAGCUGGGGCAGAUGAAGGCAUCCAGUUGUCCUGCUGCAGAUGCACCGUGGUGUUUCAUCUCUCUGCGGUUCUCACAGUGGUCAUUUCUCCUCUGGUCACUGACCUGACUGCCUGUCUCCAGGCACUGCGGUCAUUUGCAAGGGUUUCCCACAUGGCAGGCUUGAUGUCUGCCAGCCUUCAUGUCACGUUUGCACACAUCUUUGUAGCACAGAAUUGCUCUGUCAAUGAGCCUGGUGGCUGAAACUAGCUCCCCGUAUAGCGCAUCCUUGGGGAUCCUGCCAUCUUCUACUCUGUGUACAUGACUCUAAUACAGGGGUUGGCAAGGUUUAGCUCGCCAGGGCCGGUUCGCUCCAGUGGAGAUCCCUCCGUGGGCCGGAUCGCACCCGUGAUUUUUGGCGUCUGUGUCUGCACAGACGCAAUUUUCGGCGCCGCGGAAGCAAGUCCCCGUGCCACGCUGCAGUGGUUUAGCGCAGCACAUGGGGACUCACCGAGUGGGUGGCUUGGUUCAGGAGCAGCUCAUGAGCCAGUUAAACGACCCCUUAGGUUGCCGAGCCCUGCUCUAAUACAACAAACAAUACAAGCAACACGCAGACCAGUAUACUAGAUAGCACUGUAAUUCUUAUUGCAUCAUAUACAUGAUUUAGUAGCAAAAACAAAAUGUGUGCACUUGUAAAUUCUCUUAAUAUAUUUGAAAUCAAUUGAACACAUGUCUGUCAAUCUUUGAAAGUCCGCAGAAGUAUAAUAAGUCUAUGGUUGAAACAAAGUAAUAGAUCCUAUCCUGUGGGCUAAGCGGUAAAACUUUUUUUAGGCGUUCAUGGUGCCGAAGUAGUAGGUGAAUAACAACGGACAGUGAUCCCGGAUAAUCUGACUGUUUCGCUGGAAUCUUCUUCAGCACAACUACAAAAGAAUUCAAAUAUGAAACAAUGACCUGUGUACAUGAAAGCUAUAUAAACUUCACACAUUACAAUCCAUAUGCUACAACUACAAUAAGAAGAACAAAGGUACAUACCCCAUAGAUUAGUAAAAUGCACAAGGAGCAGUGCUCACGUGGAUAUGUAACCACUGCUACCAGUUGCAUGAUACCGGAAGCAUAAGUAACCAUUCCCAGGUGGCGCUCAUUACAGGGAGAAUGAAUUGCAGUGAUUCAAUUUAAAGGUACAAAGCAAUAUAACAACAAUAAGAAAACAUCAAAUAAAACAAUUUAAAUCCAGUUCAGAAUUGAGUCCUUCAGGGUGAAUGGUCUUAAACAUAAAAAUGAAUUGAGAUUCUUUCUGUCGUAGCCGUUUUUCAUGAUCUUGUCUUUUGUUGAUGGUUUUCUGAUUCACCCACAGUCCUGUGAACAAUAAAUCCCUAUCAGAAUGAUUCUGCGAUAUAAAAUGUUCAACCAGAGGAGCUUCCAACACAGCAAACCCUGCUCUAAUAGCUAACCUAUUGUUUGCUCUCAAUUUUUUUCUUCAUGGAUGUGAAUGGUUGUGGAAUAGGCAAGCAGCCAAUCACUGUUUACUGCACUUGCUCCACUAUUGCUACUGUUUCACUUUCUUCAGCUGCCCUGAACGUCUUUGUUGUUUUCCAUAGGCACUUCUUCUGCAUAUAAGAGCAACCCAAAUGCACCAUCUUCCAGGCUCGGCACACUGAUGGAGGGCUCCACAAGUUCUACCUGUAGUACAGCCCCUGCUGCUGCUGCUGUUGCCACCAGCAGUAGCCCUCCCAAAAUUGUAUACACUACAUAUGAAUUGGACAUUGACAUGGAGACUGGUAAAAGGCCCAAGAAAUGUCCAGGGAAAGGGAAAGAGUCCAUUGAGUCCAUCUUGGAAGAAUAUUCUCAGCAAGUCAGAGAUCUGCAGAAGAAGCUAAAUGAAGUGAGUUUCAAGCUUGGCAGAAAGGCUCUCAGUGUACUGAUUGUCAUUUAACUGCGGGGGGUGGAUAUCACAACCACGGCAGUGUAUUCCCUGCACUAAAGGUGGUGGCGGGAGAAUCAAAACCGUUGACCAAGGUAACUUAAGUUAUGCACCAAGAAAAUCUGAAUGCAGCAGAUUGGGAACAUACAGGAAGGGUUUUAUAAUUACCGUAUUUUUCGCUCUAUAAGGCGCACCAGACCACAAGACGCACCUAGUUUUUGGAGGAGGAAAACAAGAAAAAAAAUAUUCUGAAUCUCAGAAGCCAGAACAGCAAGAGGAAUCACUGUGCAGUUAAAGCAGCAAUCGCUCUUGCUGUUCUUGCUUCUGGGAUAGCUGCGCAGCCUGCAUUCGCUCCAUAAGACGCACACACAUUUCCCCUUACUUUUUAGAAGGGAAAAAGUGAGUCUUAUAGAGCAAAAAAUAUGGUAAUUAUAAUUUUUUCAAAAUUUCAUAAUCAGCUUUUAGGAAGUUUUAAUAGAAACAUUUUAAUAAAUAAAUGCACACAUUGAUAUUGGUUACACUACCAAAAUGUUGGGAACUGUUUGUUAAGGGUAAGGAAGCCUCUCUUCAUCCCAGUUCAGGAGCCCAGUUUAACUAGUUUAGUUUUUAUUCUGCAGAUACGCUUUCAGAGCCUGGAUUUUAAUCUGCAACUGCAUGCCUUCGUGUGGUGCAUGUUUGUGAAAAUGAGGGGGUGUUGUUGAAGGCUAGGGGUAGAUCAGACUCCCUUUUAUGGCUGGUUCUGUUAAAUGAAAAUGGUCUGCCAUGUCUAAAUGAUACCUUUUGCGCUCAUCAGAUUAGCAAAACAGCCAGAGCCGGAUAAUUCAUCAUGGAAAACUGCAGCAAGCCUUCUCUUAAUUACAAUUAUCUGACUUCUGCAAAUCGGAAGAUCUGCCCUAGAGCAGUGCCGCCAAGAUUUGCCUUGCUCCAUUUCCCAAAUUGCAUUUUGCCUACUGUUAAUACUGUUUCAUGAUCUUAUUUCGCUUCCCGCAGGCUACAGAACAGCAUGAGCAACAGAAAUUAACUUUAAGACAGACAAUAAUUGAGUUGCAGACAAACCUUCGGGAGGUAACGAGGGAAAAAGAGUCUAUAACUGAUCUCAGGUGAGCACCCUCAUGGUACAAACUAGAGAGGGUAUCAUGGACUGGUUCAACACAGAGGAAUGGCAUGAGAAACCAGCUAGGGAACCCCCAAUUGAAGAAGGCUCAGAGCCCAGGGAGUGGCGGUAGGAUGGUGAUGAGUGGUCAGAGGGAGAAGAGGAAGAAGACUGGGAGGAGGAGGUGUGAGAUGCUGAAGAGGUAACAGGGCUUAGUGAGCUUGGAGAGUCUGUGGCAGCGAUAGACCAGGCUUGUGAAGAAACAUGGGUGUCGCCGCCUCCUGCAGCAACAAGCUCCCCUCCCCCUGCUCUCCCAGAACCAGGAGAGGCAUGAAGCGAGAGGAGCAAAUACAGACAAGCAGGCACAGUCUCCAAUUGCUUGGGGGGGGGGGAGGACCCGGAAGAGGAGAAGACACAGCUGUCUAUGGGGAGGCAGGGACCUUUAGUCUCGGCAACUACUUCAUGGGGGCAGAACUUGAGUUGCUGUGCUCAUUAGGCCUCCCACUCCUGGGCAGAUCCUGUUUUGCUUAUAAGGAGUUAACUCCAGCUUGCUCAGUGUGAUUUACUGCUGGCUCACUCCUGUCAGAGGGCCACAGUUCUAAGACCAUUUGCAUAUUCCAAUUGCAGCUUCCCAGCUAGGCUCUAAAAUUAUGACCUGGGAUCAAAGAAAACAUCUUGGGAAUGACCCCAUGCCCUGUGCAACUCAGGUAGCUGGUAUUGUUUUGCAGACCUCCCAUUUUCCCAGCUAGUGGGAAGUUCCAGAGUCAAUUUGCUACACGUUCAGUUGUCUUGUGACGAUGGCAUAUCAGAAGUUUAACCGUGGUUUCUUUUUCAUAUUGCUGCGGGUUUGGGGGGACCAGGGGCAGAAAGCUUUUACAGCCCAAGAGCCACAUUUCCUUCUGGGCAACCUGCCAAAGGCCACAUGCCAUUGGUGGGUGGAGCCAAAAGCAAAAGUGGGUGGGGAGACCUAUGUAAAUUUUACCUUUGUACAAAAGUAGGUCAGCAUAGAAGUGUACCCAGAAUAGCACUAAAAGACUGAAGCUGUACACCUGUUUGAGACUGCAAAAGAAACCACAAAACACAGUUGUGGGGUGUUGUCAGAGGCCCCUGAAUUUGCACUGGAUGCUUCCUUUUCUGAUAAAUAGGCGAAAAGAGUCUCAAACCCAAGAGGAUCUCAAUUGCAAGCUGAAGGCUACAAUCAAUGAGCUGCAAACAGCCAAUCACCUUCAGGAGGAGAUGCUGAAGGAAGCCAACAACCAAACAGAACAUCUGAAAAAGAUGGUACAGGGCCAUGAAGACAUCCUCCAGGAACUUCGUAAUGUCCUACUGGCCUAUGAAGAAAGUUCGGGAAAGAAGAUCUUUGAUCAGGAGAGCAUCGCCAACCUUCACGUCUGCAACCUUCCCAGGGCUUUCAGUAAAGUUCUGCGAGAUCUAGAUACAGAGAUAUCCCUGCUCAAAGCGAAGCUUACUCCAGUAAGUGCCCUUCAACUCAUUCUGAAUGAAAUUUAAGCAUAAGAUCACUGUGUACUCAAGACAGGAGGGAAUCUGGUGGCAUAACCAAGGUCAUAUUGACAGCUGGAUUGUAACCAGGUAACGGGAGCACAAGCUCAGCUCACAUCCUGUGGUCAUUUUUACACUUGAUUAUCCUAUUUCACAGGAUAGAAUUAGGUAACAAUUUUGGAUCUAACCACAGUGGCAUCUCUUUUCGUUGGCCAGUGAUCGGCCACAUUUCUGGUGCACAGCCAUGCAUGCUCUGGUCCCUUUGAAAACACUGAGGCUUAAAUGCAGAUAACUGGAUUGCACCUCUGAUUAGGCUCUGGGGCAGACCUGGUAUGAAAACAUCCAUUCCAUGUGUCAAAACUUGGGUCACCUCCCACUCCUCAUAAGGCUGGAGUAUGGAGCUGGGGGGGAGAUUCAAAGGGCCGCAAAGGCAGGUGGGGGGGGCAUUGAGCUCCUGCCAAAUCUCACCCACCUCUGCCCAGAAUGAAUUCCUACCUCCUGUCAUUUUUUUUUUCUUGCUGGGAUUUGACGAAGGCAGAACAACCAACUAAGAUUUCAAUGGGUGUUAAAGCCCUAACAUGAAUAAAUUAUUGUUAAUAACCGCAACUAUUAUUAUUCUCUUAUUUAUGCAGAACCGCUUUUUCCUCAGAGAGACUCUACCAAACUCCAAUUGAGUUAAAUGCAUCGUUAGUUUGACCUUGUGCAUUUAUUUAUUUUAUAUUAAAUAGUCACAGUGGACCAGGACUAUGGCAUGGUGGAACAGGGGUGUUUUUAACCAUGUAUUUCUUUGUCACAGACCCAAGAAAAAUAGCAGCUUACAAGAAAUAAUUCAGAUGGCACCAAUAAGGAGUUUUAAAAAUGUAAACGGAGACCUUGAACCUCUUCCUUUUCUUCUGCUGGAGUUUUGUACAUCCUCCUAGGGUGCUCCUCCUUUCCCUGUCUGCAGCCAACUUCAUUUGCUUUGGUUGGAGUGCCUCCAAAAUGAUCCAGUUUCCAGUCCGAAUGCCUCAUCAUGGUUUAUUGGGAUCCAAAGGCCAUGGGAAACUCUCAUUACCAAAGGCCAUGGGAAACUCUCAUAAUUAAUAGUUCAGUAGGGUAUGAGAAUACAUUUUGGCCUGGAUGGCAAAUGGCUGCAGACCCCCCAGUCCAAAUGGCAUCAGUCUCUUAAGACAAAGUGACAUCAGGUGUAGGACAGGUAUAGUCACGCCUCCUUGCUGAAAGCUGGAUUGCAGGUGCUGCCAAUCAGCUGAUCAAUGACACCUGCAAACCCCUGGACCUAUGCCUUAGCAGUCUGGUUCCAAACUAUACAGGAAAAUGUCUCACCCAAAGGGGGUCAGGAUCAGGUUGGUUUUUCCAGCCCAGCAUGCAAAAGGUCCCAGUUUGAAUCACUAGCACCUCCAUUUGGAGAAUCUUGGGUAGCAGAGCUAGGAAAGAGCCUGAGACCUUGGAAGACCCAUUGCCUCUCUGAGGAGUCAACUAGGCUCAUUCAUACUCAUGGUGUUAUGCUGCUUACUUCAGCCUUCCCUAAUCUCUGGUCCAAAAUGUCCACAUGCUUUGGACCACAGUUCAUCCCAGGCCAUUGGCCAUGCUGGCUGGGCCUGGCAGGAGUUGUUCACCAAAACAUCUGGAAAGCACACAGCUGUGAAAGGCUGCAGCCAGUCUCAUACUUCCAUAGGAUGAGUGUUGAAGCCUCUGAACCACAGCAAUCUCUUCCCCUUCCUGUGGUCACGGGCCUGGCAAUUAAGAUGACACUGCGGUGAAUUGUGGAGCACAUACAGGACAGUUGUUGAAGCCUGUGUCAGGUGGAGAAAGAGCCAAGUAGAGGCAUUUUCUUCUUUCAGCUACUAGGCUCUGGCAAGUCCCUUGGAAUAAGCAACCAUGGGAGCAAUAACCACAAGCUUAUCUUGUGCAGAUGUUGCUGUUGUUUGCAUCCUUCUGUCUCGAGAGACAAUGGAGUGCGACUCUGAGGGUAAAGUUAGCAGCACCGAUGUGAACUCCCCAGGGUGCAAGCCUAGGCAGUGUGUAUGGAGGUCCUGGGCUGACCAGUCAACAAGGCUGAUGUAGUUCAAAGGAAAGCAGAACAAUACGUUUGGCACCAGCUUGACUGCAGGAGUUAGCGGAAAGAGGCAUAUAAGAUGCCAUCCAACUGUCUUAGGGACUCUACUCUGGAUUUGUGUAGGGUUUAUUCCUUAGCCUUUUCUUCUCCCAAAGAUAUCCUGCCAGGCAUUAGAAGCUGACAAGCCCCAUAUGCCCUCACUUCCCUCUACAGCAGCCUUUCUCAACCUGUGGGUCCCCAGAUGUUGUUGAACUACAACUCCCAUCACCCCUACCUAGCAAGGCCAGAGCUCAGGGAUGAUGGGAGUUGUAGUCCAACAACAUCUGGGGACCCACAGGUUGAGAACCGCUGCUCUAUUGCAUGGGUAGGCAAACUAAGGCCCGGGGCUGGAUCCGGCCCAAUCGCCUUCUAAAUCCAGGACAGUCCAGCAAUCAGCGUGUUUUUACAUGAGUAGAAUGUGUGCUUUUAUUUAAAAUGCAUCUCUGGAUUAUUUGUGGGGCAUAGGAAUCCGUUCAUUAGUUUUUUCCAAAAUAUAGUCUGGCCCCCCACAAGGUCUGAGGGACAGUGGACCGGCCCCCUGCUGAAAAAGUUUGCUGACCCCUGCUCUACAGCAUGUGCAGAAACCACCUUCUCCACUGCUGUACCUACUAUUUGUCUCAUCUGCUCAAUCCGCCAGAGCCUGUCUUUGCAUGCAGGAUAAGUCCCUAUCUUGCUGAGGGUUUGAGACCCAUCAGCUACCCUCACCUGGUUUAGCCAGCCAGUCAAAACUAUUCCCUGGGGUGUGGCUGCUUUUGCAUGGUGACAGCUUCCAGGAGCCCCAGGUGAGAGUUAAGUGUCAGGUGGGGACCAAAGGUGAACAAACUACCCCAGAAGGAGCACAAUGUGUCCCCCACCAGAGGUACUAGCCCUCUCCUGACACCCCAUACACCUCCCACCCCACCACAGAUGCAGCUGGAGUUAUUCAAAAUACACAGUCAGCACUGAUUGUAUGUUAAUGAUAAACCUCCAUGUGAUCCUUAUCAGUCUAAACAUAGGAGUGCUGAAUCAACAAACUUCGCUAUCCCCCUUAAUGCUUGUGUUCUGUAAAUAGGCUGCUGUAAGGUCCUUUAUGAAAUACGUUUAGGUAAGGCUAAUUGCUCACUUGGUUGUGACUGAUGACUGUUUAUUAAUAACAGAUGGAAGAGCAAGUGGACAUGGUGAGGAGAGAAUCACAGUGCAAAACUGAAGCUUUGCUUCAACAGCAACAAGAGAGGUACACUGUGCUCUUAUCUUCUUCCUCUAUAUUUGUUUAGAAAAUAAUUCAUAAGACUAAAAUUUAGAACAAAGAACAGAAAAUGACUGCAUUUGUCAAAAUAUGCUGCCACCUUGAACUCUCAGAAGAAAGGUGAGAUAGAAAUCUAAUAAAUCAGUAAAUAGUUAAAAGCCCAUCCAGUUUCAUAGGCAGGGAGAGUUCCCAUUUCUUUUCCCACCUCACUGGACAUCCAAUCUUGAGUUAGAGAAGCUGGCCUGAUCUGGAGACGGUUGUCAGUUGAGACGAGGUUGGCUUGGGAAAUAGGUGCUCCCUCACUGCUACUACUCCUGUUGUUUUUAUUUUUUUAUUUUUAAUAACAGCGUUGAGAGACUGAUAAGUGCGCAUGAACAGGAACUGGAAGCUCUGAACGAAAAGCUGAACAGCUCUCGCAGCCAUGCAAGCAACAUCGAAAGCCAGCUGGAGAUCAUCCAGUAAGUGUCUCAGUAAUGCUGUUCUGCAUGUACAUCACUGAAGAGUAUUGCAAGCAAACACUGUCUGCUGAAUAUACAGAAACCCUUGAUUAUACCAAUACAGGACACUGAUUGUUUACUAGAUUUCUCUUAGGAUUCAUUAAACCUUCUAGGGUGAGAAUUCUGGGGUGGAAGAAAGCUGGUUAGGACCCCUGCCCACCUGCUUUCCCAGUGUAAUGCAGUAUAAAUUUAAGUAGAAAAUAAAUUCUAGUGACACAGUAAGAAUGUGUAGUAGACCAUAGCUGCAGCAAAUUUAGGGCUCAUUCACAUUUUUGCUUGACCCAUAUUUUGAAUGUAUUGUAUUGUAUAUGAAUUAAUUCCCCCAGGUCCAAUAACUUUUUUCAUUGUUCCGUGGCUGUGUCAUGCCAAAAACUGAUCUUACCCGCUGAAUUGAACCUUGGUUAAGCAAAAACUCUCUUCGGAUUUUUCACACAUCUGUGAAGAUCCAGUUCAGUGUGCAAUAUCAUAUUUUUGGAAGGCACAGCUUGCAGAAUAACAAUAAAAGCUAUUGGAAAUAGGAUAAUUAAUAGUAAAGGCAAAGGUAAAGGUACCCCUGCCCGUACGGGCCAGUCGUGUCCGACUCUAGGGUUGUGCGCCCAUCUCACUUAAGAGGCCAGGGGCCAGUGCUGUCCGGAGACACUUCCGGGUCAUGUGGCCAGCGUGACGAAGCUGUUCUGGCGAGCCAGCACCAGUGCAGCACACGGAAACGCCGUUUACCUUCCCGCUAUAAAGCGGUACCUAUUUAUCUACUUGCACCGGGGGGUGCUUUCAAACUGCUAGGUGGGCAGGAGCUGGAACCAAAAGACAGGAGCUCACCCCGCCGUGGGGAUUCGAACCGCCAACCAUGCGAUCGGCAAGUCCUAGGCACUGAGGUUUUACCCACAGCGCCACCCGCGUCCCUUAAUUAAUCAAUAAUAAUAAUAAUUUUAUUAUUUAUACCCCGCCCAUCUGGCUGGGUUUCCCCAGCCACUCUGGGCGGCUUCCAGCAAAAUAUUAAAACACAAUAAUUCAUCAAAUAUUAAAAGCGGUAAACAAUACUGUAUUUUAUCGCCCAGUAGUAAGCCAUUGCAGGUGUACUGUAGUUAUAAGUCUGUUUUAUGUAUUCCAUUUCUGAAGGGCUUGGGAGCUGGGAUAGCUCUGUUGGUAGAGCAUGGGGCUCUUAAUCUCAGGGUCGUGGCUUUAUGUCUGCACCAUCAUCUCUGUACAUGUUGCACUUUCACAUUGGUUUCAGGUUGUUCACUUUCUCUUUUUCUUCUACUAUAUUUUUUAGAGAGCAAGCAAAAAACCAGAACUCAUUGUACAUGCGACAGAUCAGUCAGCUGGAAAGCACUGUGUCCUCACUGCGUUCUGAGCUCCGAGAAUCAAGGAGGAUGUCUCAGGACAAGGUGGGUUGCAAAAUGAUGUUGGGGAGACACUUGCAAUUAAAUUCUGUGUAUGUGUUCUGUGAUCGUGAAUGUAAUGCAUUUAGUAUUAUCUGCCGGGACAAUAUAACACCAGUCCUAAAGGAUCUUCACUGGAUCCCAGUACAUUUCCAAGCACAAUUCAAAGUGUUGGUGCUGACCUUUAAAGCCCUAAAUGGCCUCGGCCCAGUAUACCUGAAGGAGCGUCUCCACCCCCAUCGCUCAGCCUUCUCAGGUCUUCUGCUGGUUCCCUCACUGCGAGAAGCAAAGUUACAGGGAACCAGGCAAAGGGUCUUCUUGGUAGUGGCGCUCUCCCUAUGGAAUGCCCUCCCUUCAGAUCUCAAGGAAAUAAAUAACUAUUUGACUUUUAGAAGACAGUCCUGAAGGCAGUCCUGUUUCAGGAAGUUUUAUAAGGAUUGAUGUUUUUAUUAUGUUUUUACAUAUGUUGUAAGCUGCCCAGAAUGGCUGGGGAAACCCAGCCAGAUGUGCGGGAUAUAAACAUUAAAAUUACUAGUAGUAGUAGUAGUAGUAGUAGUAGUCAUAGUAUUUUAGGGUAGUGAAGAGGAGAAAAUAAAAAUCAGUAGCAAUGCAGUAUCUGUUUUUUUAAAAAAGGUAUUACCCAGCAACAGAGUGGUUUUUAAGGCCCCUUUGACAUGAUUUUCAUUGUAAAAAUAAUAAAAUACGAACAUAGUAAUACAGUGGUACCUCGGGUUAGGUACUUAAUUCGUUCCGGAGGUCUGGUCUGAACCUGAAACUGUUCUUAACCUGAAGCACCACUUUAGCUAAUGGGGUCUCCUGCUGCCGUCGCGCCACCAGAGCACGAUUUCUGUUCUCAUCCUGAAGCAAAGUUCUUAACCCAAGGUACUAUUUCUGGGUUAGCAGAGUCUGUAACCUGAAGCGUCUGUAACCUGAAGCGUAUGUAACCCGAGGUACCACUGUAAACAAAAUAAAAAAAACCCUCUCCCAGUUUAAAAGGCCAUGGAUUAUUUAGUUAAUCAAAGGCCUGGAUGAAGAGGAAUGUUUUGCCUGGCUCCUAAAGAUACAUAACAAAGGCACCAGGUGAAUAGCCUUUGGGAGAUCAUUUCACAAGCAGCGAGCCACCACAGAAAAAAAUUGUCCUCAUGUUUCUGAUCUCCAGACUUCUCACAGUGAAGGAACACAGAGAAGGGCCUUAGACAAUGAUUGCUUAGAGGAAGGUUAUACAACGGUACCUUGGUUCCUGAACGGCUUAGUUGUCAAACAAAUCGGCUCCUGAACGCCACAAACCUGGAAGUAAGUGUUCCGGUUUGUGAACGUUUUUUGGAAGCUGAACAUCCGACAUGGCUUCCAUGGCUUCUGAUUGAGUCCAGGAAGCUCCUGCAGCCAAUUGGAAGCCGCACCUUGGUUUUUGAACAGGCUCCCGGAACGGAUUAAGUUCGAGAACCAAGGUACCACUGUAAUUUUGUCUUAUAAAAUUUAGAGGCAAUAAUUCACACAUAGUCAUUUGACUUCCAUUCCCAACUGCAGCUUAGGUUACAAGUCACAUUGGGCUGGGCAGGUUCCUUCUUCCAAGUUACAAAUGAAUGAUGUUUUCUCUUAUAUAGAAAAGUCCAAGAAAUCAAAUAACAGGUAGGCUGAUCAAGGUGACAUGGCAGUGGAUAUCAAGAGGGUUUUUUUGUAAAGCGAUGCAGUACGUGCUUUAUUGAGUUCCACAUGCCUUUCAUUUACUUUUUCAUGUAUUGAUCACGGAAGUGAAUCACUAAGCACAUGUAUUCUUGCAAUGAAUGGGUGUUGGUCAAGAACACAGGUAAUGUUGUGCUGAGAUUUGAUUGAUCUGUGAAUUGUGCCAGUUUUCCAAACAAAUAUUUGGAAGUAUUCUGUUAAUAUCUUAACAGCCUAGUCCACUUCCAGAUUAGUAUCAGAUGUUGUUUUAGCAGCCAUAGUGAAAACUAAUAACAGGACUUGCUUUCUACCUCCACCAACUAAGAGGGUGUUCAAUCAACCAAAAAGAUUCAAGCAGGCAAUCCAAAUUAUGCGCUGAGGAGGAAAAGAGAAUUCUGAAAGCAGUGUCAACUUUGCAAACCAACCAGACUUGCAUUAUGUCUUGCUUUGCACUAUUUAUUGGUUGGACAGUUUUAAUUACCGGUACUUUGCAUGAUUCUAGUUUUUGCUAAUCAGAAGCAGCUAGUUGCUCUGUAGGAUCCUGAAGGCCAGCCCCCGAGCCCUGCAAAUAUCCACCCAGGCACCUUUUGGAUUCCUGACAAUUCAGGAGGCACAUUCCAUAUACUGUCAAACGUGCCUUCAAAACUGCAGGCUAGAAAAAGCUUUUGUUUAAACAGAAAGGAGAGCUAAGGUUCCCAGGAAGCUGAGUUCUGCUCCUAGUACCUCAUUCUGUGGUACCACAUUUGUCCUGUUGCAGAAAUUUGAUCACAGCAGAUAUGCUACCCCUUUCUUCCUCGUAGAAAUCUGCUGUAAGACCAUUUUUGUGUGUGUGUGUCUUUGUGUUAAUAUCUUAGAUAGAAGAACUGGAGAAACAGCUGCAUUUGGUUCAUUCUGAGAUGGCGGAGGCUCAAAAUGAAAGGGACCAGUAUAGCCAGGAAACUGGAAACUUGGACGAUCAGGUUCAGCAGUUGGUGGUAGGCAUCUGAGACUGAAUCACUUCCAUAAAGUUUGCUUUUUGUAAAUCACUUUAUUAAUGGUCCAGCUACGUAAGUAGAUCAAAUUCCAAUCCUUUGUGUGAAACUGGGGGACACCAGAGCUUGUAACGAAGAGCCAGCUUUAAUCUGCAUGCUUCAUAAACCCACCACUACAUAAAAAAAGGAAAAAUCAGAACAUUCUUUGAGAAAGUUGAACAGUUAGCACAGAUCAUUCAGGACUUGGAAAAUGGUGCUGGGGAGGGUUCUUUAGCUGCAUGCAAAAGAACAUCACACAGGCAUAGUCCGAGGAAUGCUGUUGACUAUCACACAGGAUUCAUGAGAAGUCUGAAUUGUUAGCUUCAUUUAGGACAGGAAUAAUUCCGUUGUGAGUUGGGUGCAUCAGUCAUAAGUAAAAGACUAAGCAAGGGGUGGUGGUGAAAGGCAAGAUGGGCAUUGGGACAGGGAAAAGAGGAGCUUCCUAUACCCGUACGCCAUUUUUUUUCCUGAACACCCCCGCCUGGCUUUCCCAACUUGCUUUCCCACUCAUUAGGGAAAGGGAGCUUGGGGUGGCUCUUUUCAUCAUGGUGGGGGGAGCACAGAUGGAAAGUAAUAGGAAACUUCUUAGGCUUCAUCUCGUCUUCAGAUUACAGCCUUACUUCGGGGGUGGAGAAACAUUUUAAGGGAAGAAUAUAUGUUGGCCUUUAGCCCAAAUCAAGGAUGACAUUUGAGGUGUUAAUAGCUAGCCAAUGUCUGCCUGCCAGAGAGCCAGUGUACCUUUUGCAUGUUCUCUCUCUCCCUCUCUCUCCCGAUACUUUGGAUACUGGAAAUCAUACCCUAUGUUUAAUUUGAGCUGGAGUUCAUUGUGCAUUUAGCUUACACAAAUGAGUCACUCACCUAGGUCUGCCCUGCAGGAUUAGUCAUUUAUUAUUUUUCUCAAAGAAUUUAAAAGAAGGAAUAAUAACUAUCGCACUCUUCCUUCAAAAAGGGCUCCAAAAGCGACUUACAAAUAAUUGAAACAAACAAGCAAAAAGCAGUUCCUGUCCUCAGAGUUUUACAACCUAAGAAGACACAACGAAACAGGAAAAUGGAUUGGGUGGGAGGAAGAAAUGGCUGUUAAUAAAUAAGUAAUUAAGCAAAACUCUGUUCUUGGUUACAAAUUCUCAUAAGGACCAGCUGUGUCGAUCGAGACUUGGGGUUGCCAUAUUUCAAAAAGUGAAAAUCUGGACACAAAAGUUCUCUCUUUCUUGGGAAAUUUUUGCAAUUUCCACCUGAGCACUGUUUCUGACAGCCGAGUCCUGGAAUCCCAGCUCCUGUAUGUCCAAAAUAUUUUGGAUGAUGGCAACCCUAGAUGGAGUGAUCUGGCAUCCCUUCUCCUCUCUCCUCUGCUGCACCCUGCCAGAAAGGCUGCUGCCAGAUGGAGGGAUGGAACGAGGAGCCUGAUUUCCCAGCAGUGCUAAUUGUGAUGCCACGUCCCUCCUCUCCUCUUCUACAGCCUAUUGUAAUGGCUGCCAACUAGACCCAUGGAAUACUUUUUAAAGCUUUAUUUAAUGCUUGGGAAACGCCCCGCCUUUCAGAGUGAGCUUCAUAAGAAAGAUAUGGAGCUGAAUCUGGAAAAAGAGCAGAACAAGCGGCUCUGGGAUCGGGACACCGGCAGCAGCAUCACCAUUGACCACUUGCGGAGGGAACUGGACAACAAAAACAUGGAACUGCAGCGCAUGGAGUCCAUUGUGUCGUCCAUGAAGAUGGAGUCCCAGGGGCAGAUGGAACGUCAGGUCAGGAAAGGUGGCCAAAGCCGGGAACAGUGCAAACGCCCCCAAGCCAAAGGGAAACAUCCAUACUGCAGAUUGUAUAGCAGCGUUUCGCAGGUUCCUGAUAGCCAAGUGAUGCUGCUAACCCCUUCAGUUGAAACUGGAGGUGUGCUUCACUCUUGUGCCUUGUGGCUUAGGGCCCUUAUAUUUAUGGGACCGCCUCUCCUGGUAUGCCCUGCAGAGGACCUUAAGGUCCAUGAAUAAUAAUAGUUUAGAGGUCUUGGGCCCUAAGGAAGUCAGAUUAUCCUCCACCAGGGCCAAGGCCUUCUCAGUGAUGCCUCCGACCUGGUGGAAUGCUCUCUCCCAUGAGACUAGGGCCCUUCAGGAUUUAAUCUCCUUCCUUCGGGCCUGUAAGACAGAGCUAUUCCACCUGGCUUUCAACUUGAACUUAGCCUGAUCUUUUAUUCCCCUUCCUUCCUUCCCCUUCCCCUUUUUAUGAAGAUUACCCGCUCUGGGAUCCCACACCUAAUUCUCCCCUGGCCUCCACGCUGGCCCAAAUAGGACUAAUUUAGCCAGCUAACCCUGGUGACCAUCUAAUGUUUAUUGGAUGGAUUUCCCCCUAAAUUGAUUUUUGAAUUCUGAAUUUAUUGUUAUUCACGUUUUAUACUGUUGUUUUAUCCUGUUUUUUUGUUGCGUUAAUUAACUGUUUUAAAUUUGUUUUUGAACUGGGAAGGGUGGGGUAUAAAUAAAAAUUUAUUAUUAUUAUUAUUAUUAUUAUGCCUGCAGGGGUUUACGUUGGGCAGCGGCGGAGGAAGCCGCUUGGGCGCCUGGGGCAGAGUGCCCAGGGGUGUGUUGAGCCGCCCAGAGGGGCGUGGGGCACCACGGGGCCUCCAGAGUCUGGGUGCCUCCUCCUACUCAGCCGUCCUACAACUGGGGCAGUGGGCGGACUGUUUAGGCAGCACGGAGCCUCUGCGUGCCCAAGCUACCAUGUUUCCCAGUGGCUCGGGUGCGCUGCAGGCCCCGUGGUGAGUGCUGCCUGGCAUUUUGGCACCCCCGCCCCUCGGUGGUGACGCCCGGGACGGACCGCCCCUACCGCACCCCCCUUCCUCCACCCCUGACAUUGGGGCUUCAGUUGUGGGCAAUCUAUGGGUAUUUCUUCAACUGGCCAGCAGGUGGCAUGAUUGCUUUUGGAGUUAAAGACCGUGGUGGGGCUGCAACUGCAGGAAAAAUUGAGGCACUGAGCAGUUGUACCAGGCGGUACUGUAAGUACCACGGCCCUGGACAUCUCACUUUUGUGCUCGGAUGAAAUAAUUUAUUUUAAUGCUUGUGACGGAAAGUUAUGAAAAAUAGCAAUGGGGCAGCAUCUGCUUAACCCAGCCUGAAUGAUGCCAUCCAAGUGUGUUGUGAAUGCAAUGGUCAGCAUGCUGACCCACUAGGAUCAAGGAGAUAGGCAGGUUCAAAUCCCCACAAGGCUCAUUUUGGCCCCAUUGAUCUCUCUGAGAAGUCGUGGAGAGAGCUAUAUACACUGCCUUGAGAGCCAUGGAGGAAAGACAGGAGACAAAUGUGAUAAGUAAAGGAGGAAGCCAAGUUGAUGCACUGUUAAAGAGAGCUUCCUCUCUUUUGGAAGCUUAUUUAAGAUUAAAACCUUUUUUGAAUUCUUUGCGGCCUAAUAUUUCAUGCGCUGCUGUGCGGGAAGGUCUUUCAGACAUUUGGCAAGAGGGGUGGCUCAGAGCAGACAGCUUGGUGGGUGUUAAAUGCCACAGAGGUGGCAAGGAGAGGGAGCCUCUGGCUCUCUAGAAGUAUCACAAGAUUUUUUUUUUUAAAAAUGGCUUCUAUCCAGGAAACCACACUUUGCCGUAGAGAAUGGAUGUGGCUACCAGAUAUCCAAAACAUGCUAGACACUGUCUUAUGCAAAGGGAAGAAGUGGCUGAGAAUAGGCAAGAAAGAAAGAGAUGGCGGGAGUGACAGGGUGAUGAGGAAAUCCUGCACAGGUGCCUAGGGGAAAGGUUCACUGGAGGAGAAAGUGGAUAAAGGCAUUAAGCCCACCCCUCUGCUCUGAGGCUCUGUGGGGGAGGGGGAGACUACUGACUUGACCCCACAUACACUUCAGCCCCCGUGCCUCCCCAGUCCCACCCCGGGCAGUCAAAAUUGUAAUAACCUCCCUUGAUACAAUGAAAACAUAUGGAACAUUUGUCCCCACCAGAUGUCUGCAAUUAAGGAAAAGAACGAAAGCAUCGAGAGGAUGGCCUCUAUGGCUUCCCAGCAAGAGUCCACCAAAGAGAUGCUCCGCAAAGUCGUGGAGGAACUGACAGAGAAGAAGGUGAGUUUGGACGCAGCAGAGAAGCACGUGGCAGAGCUGACCGCGUGCCUGCAGGAGAAGGAGAAGGUGAUCGAGGCGACCAACGAGGAAAUCCAGAAGCUGCGCGGGCGCGUGGACGGGAAGCUGCAGGAGCUCCAGGUUCUGAAGAGCGAGAGCGACCACAUGCGGAGCGUGCGCUCGGAUUGCGACUCCCUGAGGCUGCAGGUGGUGGAGAAGGAGAAGGUGAUCGAGAUCCUGCGGAAGCAAGUCGAGAACAUGACUCAGAUCGUGGGCCAGCACAGUCGGACGGCUGGGUCGAUGGAGAUGGAAAAAUGCCAGCUCGCAAAAGAAGUCAAUGACAAGAAAAUGGAACUCCAUGAGCUUAAGGUGUGCAUGUUUCGCUGUGUGUGGGGAAGUGUUGGUACUUUUUUAAAAAGAUAAAGCUUUUCUUUUGGUCAUGGGAAUUUUCGGUCAGAAAACUAGACCAGAAGAGCUAGCUUUAAACAGAAUGUUUGACUAAAUGCACAUUGAUCUGGUCCAGGAAGGCAAUUCGUAUGGCAUGUCUUUAGUGCAAACAAUUAACCUCCUAUGUUGCAAACAGUUAUCAGUAAUAUCCAAGGCAACAUGAUGACCAAGUACAACAAUGUAAUGUCAAUGUAAACCCUUUAUAUAAUCUAUACAGAACAUUGAACAGUAUGAAAUAUAUGAAAUAUGCACUCUCUGCAAAUCCAAAUAAACAGAAAUCUUAUAAAUCUCCAAAAGCCACAAAAUAUGCACUCUUGAUGGAUUCUCUUGAAAACAUAGAACAAUUGCUAUGGAGCAGUGGUCAUAAAGUUAUGUAACCAUACAAUUCCAUUUACCAUAAAGAUGGGUUUAUGAAGCAUUUCUGUAUCCUUCUGCUGUGCUGAAGAAGAAUUCCACAAAACAGUGGGUAUAUCCGGAAUCGCUGUUCACUGCGUCUGUUUGCGGACCACUUCGGCAGUGUUGGACGUCAUAAAACAAAGCUUUACAGCUUGCUUUCACCAGAUAACAAUCUGACCCAUUGCUUCUUUCAGAGACUUGCAUAGUCUACAAAGACUUCCAGAGACCUAUAAGACUUAUGUUUAUUUGGCUCUAUGUUUUUAAGAGAAUCCAUCAAGAGUGCAUAUUUUGUUACUUUCAGAGAUUUAUAAGAUUUCUGUUUAUUUGGUUUUGCAGAGAGUGCAUAUUUCAUAUAUUCCAUACUGUUCAAUGUGUUUAGUGCAGCCUUCACUAACAUGGCACCCUCCAAAUGUUUUGGGCUUCAACUUUCAUCAGCCCUAGCCAGUACUGCUGUGGUGGCUGGGGCAGAUGUCACUUGUAGUGCAAAGCAUUUAGAGGCCAGCAGGUUGACGAAUGCUGCCUUAGUGUGAGGGUCAAACUGCCCUUCCCACAGCUGAUUUUGCUUAUUUUGUUCAUCUAAAAAGAUAGCUGUGCAUCUGGAUGAAUCCAUUGUCCUCAAGGGUUGAGGGGGUCUUGAACCAGGGGCCCGGGCAGCCAGAGUCAAGCAGCUUACUCUUUGCACCGCUGUGGCAGUUUUCCAGAAGGAACUGCUCUCUGCUGCCCUUGGGCACCAUCACUGCAGAUGGCCUGAGGAUGCUAUUGCAACUACUAAGUCAUCAGUGGUCAGGUAAUACAGUAGGCCCAUGGGUAUAGCCCUGGCCAUACAAAGACUCUUAACUCUCAUCUGUUGUCUCAGUCUUGAGCGACUUGUCAUUCAGACAAAGACUGUGCCAUCAGCACCCUGCUGUCAAAGUGGUGUGUCUUUUCCCAUUCUGUUCUCAAGCUUAGAAAUUACCAUUUUCUAGUCACCUGUGGCAAGUAAGAAUUGCUUUCCAGGUGACCAGCUAUGGAGGGAAGUUUUGCAGAAGUUGUGUCCCCUCCUCCUUAUUUAGGCUAGCCCUGUGAAGGUCAAAUGGGCUAGCACGUUUAGUCAAGGAGCAUAAAGGAGAAUUAGCUUGUUUUAUCUAGAUUUUGCUGGACAAGAAAGACAUCCAGGUUCGUGAGCUGGAGGCCAGGCUGAGUGAGAUGGAGCUGGAGAAGGUGAAACUGAUGAACGCCAGCUCUGAGAGGCUCCGGGCACUGAAAGAAGUAAGCAUGGAAAAAGAAGAGCUGAUGAGUGAAGUAAAAAGCAGCCGCAUUGAGCUCGCUACGCUUGCAGGUAUGGACCACCAGACAGGAUAUUAUUCACCUGCUUCAUCUUUCUUUGGGUUGCCUUCGCAACCAAACAGUACACGCCAGCAGGAAGGCCGGAUUGGCCCUGCCGGUGCAUUUGCACCGUGCUGACCUCUCUGCUGCCUCGUCCCUCCCCUCUGCGGUGUGUAGCAGUGACUCAGCCAAAGGUAGGUCAGGUUAGCAGCAGAGCCCCACCAUGGCAUCCCCUGCUGCAUCCAAACUCCAGCUGGGGAGCUGCAGAGCACACCAGAGUGGCAGAUUCACCUCUGAAGCGCUGUUGCUCACAGAAGAAUGCAGGAGGCGGUCUUGUCUUUUGUGGCUUGCAAUGAAGUGACUUGGUUUAUUCAGGGGCUAGAGGACCUGCCUUCUCGAAGGCAGAGAAAGCGCAGAUAUUGCUCUCCUAUUGUGCUAUCUCAAUUCUUCAAGGAGACAGACUAUCCAGUGGUUCUCAACCUGUGGGUCCCCAGACGUUGUUGGACUACAACUCCCAUCAUCCCUGACCACUGGUCAUGCUGACUAGGAAUGAUGGGAGUUGUAGUCCAACAACAUCUGGGGACCCACAGGUUGAGAAACACCAAUUGCCUGCCCGGGGUGCUCCGUUACUCUCUCUCUCCUACUCUCUCUCCUACUGCUAUUCUGUUUUUCCUUGUAUCUUUGCAUUUAUAUUUGUGUGGUGUAUUUUUUUCUCUGCUGAAACUGGAUUUGCUCUACAUGAGCUAAAUUUUGCCUUUCUGGGGCUCUGGCAAGAAAAAGAUACGAUUUAUGCCUUAGUAAACCUCUACUAAAGACUUUACCUGCAUUCUGUGUCUUGUUGGAAUUCACGUGCCUAUCAAAGUUCCGCUGCUCUGCUGAACAAACAAUGAGGCAGGGGUGUCCCAGGUCUUGGGGCACUGGUUCUCGACAGUGCCAACUCCAGGCUAAUGCAGUUAAUAGGCCUGAAUCUUUCCCCUCCGGGAAUAUAUUAACUUAAAAUUCAUUGGCCCCAUAGCCAGCUUUGUACCAGCCCUGCUACACACCUGUAAUACCCUGUUUUGAGGUCCUGCACUGGCUACUCCCCUUCUGUGUUAUACUGUGUUAUUUUCAGUUUACUUUAUAGACCAGGAAGAGGAGGGGAAAGAUAUCUAUAUUUCUUUUAUAAAUCAUGGAGUUCUGCAGAUACCAUCAUUUUUAAUUGAUUUCUCCAAUCCACACAUCCCUCUUGGGAGUACUUUUCUUGCUCUGAAACGGCCCCAGUGGAGAUCUGUACUUAAAAAUUAAACCAGGAAGUUCUGAAUAAUAAUAGCUCAGUUAAAGCUCAGAUUGAGCUGGAGCAAACCAGGGCCACUGUAAAGACUAUGGAGGGAUCUGAUGGCCACGGUAAUCGUGGAAGUGUUAUUUCAUUUUAUUUUGUAAGAUCGUUACCUUGUGGCGCUGUGGGGCAAGGUUCUUAGGAUUGCUUAGGAAAUAUUUAGGAUUGCACGGCAUUUACCUAGCUACUUGGGGAGUAAGCUCCAUUGAAUUCGGUGGGACUUGCUUUUUAGUAGACCUGUAGAGGCCUGCAGUGGAAGGCUCAGUUUAUACACUCCACGUGUUCCUCUAAAAAUUGCUGGCUGCUGAACCAUUGCAAUCAAAUAAUUUAAAGUGGAUUGGUUACAUUUUCCUUCAAAAUUAUAGGCAGGGAUAAAUACAAAGUGCUUUGUAUGUCAGCUUCACCAUCUCCUUCAUUUGAUGCAGGUAUUUUAUUUCCAAUAUAAACAGGACUCUGUUUUUGUAGCUGAUUCUAUACAGCAUUGCCUACUUUGUGUAUUCACAUGGUGUAAACAUGUUUGCUGUCCUCUAGCCUGAGAGAUUUCUGAGGACCGUAGCUCAGUUGGUAGAGCAUGAGACUCUUAAUCUCAGGGUUGUGGGUUCAAGCCCCAUGUUGGGCAAAAUAUUCCUGUGUCGCAGAAGGUUGGACUAGAUGACCCUCACGGUCCCUUCCAACUCUGCAAUUCUAUGAUUCGGUCCCUAAACCUGAGGAUUCCCAGUUCUGUGUUACAUGCUUUAGAAGCUUCCUCCUCCCUCCUUGCUUCCUACCUGUCUGCCCUGGAUCCUCACUUACAAUUUGCUCUGUGACUGAUCCAUUUCUGAUUCCACCCUCAAUCCAGUUCUGUCAUACACUUGGUGCUGCCAUGUAAAACCUUAAAUACCGCUCUCCUCCAACUGGUCCCUGAGAUAUGUAUGUUGUGUUCAUUUCUGAGCCCAGCUUCAGCUGGGGAGGGCAGGAUAUAAAUUAUUAUUAUUAUUAUUAUUAUUAUUAUUAUUAUUAUUAUUUCAUUCACAUGUGUUUGGAGAUACGCAACGCUGUGACUUCAUUGUGACUCUUGUGCCUUGCAGAUGAACUGGAAAGUAUGAAGAGCAGCUACCGAGAUAAAAGCGAAGAGAUGGAAACCACCGUGGGCAAGCUGAGAGUGCAACUAAAGUCUGCUCAGAUUGAGCUGGAGCAAACCAGGGCCACUGUAAAGACUAUGGAGGGAUCUGAUGGCCACGGUAAUCGUGGAAGUGUUAUUUCAUUUUGUUACCUUUCAGGCAGAAUUUGUAAACCUGUUUUAUUUCGUCAUUUGAUAUUUCAGAUAGGAAAAAUGCCGUGGACAACACUUAAUCAAAACCGAGUGUUCAGUGUAGAUUUAUAAAGCCAUGGAACUGAUGAAUCUUGCAGCUAGAGAUGAUCAAAAUUAGUGGUUCCCAAAUUGUGAACGAGCAUACAUGUACUAGGCUUUAGAGCUUAUGUGGGGUUUGCUGUCAAAAUCACAAAUGCAUGUUUUGCUAGAUAAGCACAGCGCUAGUACACAGAGAGUUCUUGAUCUUCCUAGAGAGAACCCUCUGUGCAUGGUCACUUCCUUUGUUUCCUUUGGGUGGGAACUCUAUAACAAAAGAGACAAUCCUUUUUUAUUUCCUUCUGCCUGUGAGGAGACUCUCUCUUUCCACCAUCCUUCAAGAUGAUCACACAUUGAUGACUAAGGCUCCUAGUUUCAGCCUACCAAUAGUUGGUAGCUAAGACUACCAACUAUUAUUAGAAGGGACGUGGGUGGCGCUGUGGGUUAAACCACAGAGCCUAGGACUUGCCAAUCAGAAGGUCAGUUCGAAUCCCCACGAAGGGGUGAGCUCCCGUUGCUCGGUCCCUGCUCCUGCCAACCUAGCAGUUCGAAAGCACAUCAGAGUGCAAGUAGAUAAAUAGGUACCGCUCCAGUGGGAAGGUAAACGGCAUUCCCAUGCGCUGCUCUGGUUCGCCAGAAGCGGCUUAGUCAUGCUGGCCACAUGACCUGGAAGCUGUCUGCGGACAAACGCCGGCUCCCUCGGCCAGUAAAGUAAGAUGAGCGGCGCAACCCCAGAGUCGUCCGCAACUGGAGCUAAUGGUCAGGGGUCCCUUAACCUUUACCUUUACCAACUAUUAGAAGUAUUUUUCUGCACAUUGCUUUGCUGUAUAUGCUGCUUGCAUUGAAAUGUAAGUGCUGUAAACCCCUUUUCCAUUUAUCUUACCAAACAAACCAAACAAAAAAUGUGGUUCAUUCUCUGCAAUGAUGGUGAAGAGAAGUCAACAGACCACAAAAAGAAGGGAUAAAAAGGUGUAAGUGUCUAAUUACUAAGCUUUAAUUAGCUGCAAAAUUUAUGUGUUUUAAAAUUCUUCCCAGCUUUUCUUUUUGUAUUUCUCCCACGUAUUUGGGAUAGGAGGUUUAGAUCUACAUCUACAGAUUUAAUCCUCAAUCAGUUUCCCACAUUUUAACCAUCUUUCCCGCUCUCCAGAGAAAACUGAAAAGGGUGGGGUAGAAAUCUCUUAACAAAUAAUUCUUAGUGUUCUAACUAAACUACAAUUCCCAGGUUUCGGGGUAGAUUUGUAGUGUAGAUGCUUCUGUUUACAUAAGAGCUCAGCAAUGGAAUUGUUUUUUUUUUUAAUUAUUAUUUUGGGCCCAUGGAUCAAUCCCAGAAUCUAGAUUACAUGCUAAGUAAAAUUAGACCUACAUUCUACACUGCCAUUCCCUACUGCCAGCCUUAAGAAUCUUAAACACCUUCAAGCUAUUUGUGCGUCCUGCCUACCAUUUGAGAACAGCUGGGUUAGAUCAUUAGUCGUUAUAGUAUAAAUAUACUUUAAUUACGCACACUGUAUUCCUCUCAUUUCAGACAUAGUAGAAUAAUGUUAUUUUUGCCCAGGACAAGAAGCCUUAGACCCUGCCUCUACCGAAAGCUCAGUAUUUUACCCACAAGGUGUUUCUUAAACUUUGCUGUCAAACAUGAUGCCGCUAAUGCUUUGGAAAUCUUGUCUUUUAUAGCAAUGAAAGUUGCAAUGGGGAUGCAAAAGCAAAUCACAGCCAAGCGCGGACAGAUAGAUGCUUUGCAGAGCAAGAUUAAGUUCCUGGAGGAAGCAAUGACCAACGCAACUAAGGUCAAAACUGCUAAGAUACAUAAUUUAGAUAAAUGUGUCCCAGUAGAAUGGCUGGACCAAAUUCUAACAUGCCAAAGCCAUGCUAAAAUGAGUGUUAUCGGUGUAAAUUUGCCUUGAACGUAUGUAUUUUGCACUAGCAAAGAUUCUUACUGGGGGGCGGGAAUCAAAUUUACUUAACUAAGCUCACAAAUUCCACUGAGCAUUAUCUUAGGGUGGUCCUUUUGUAUACUAAAAGAGCCCUCAGGGUACUUGGGAUAUAGCAGCUUUUGCUAGGAGAGUUCAGUCAAAAUAUGUAGGUUGUUUACAUGAAACCCACAUAGAAGCAUCUUCCUUUGGCUAAUAGAAAGGACAGAAGAUCAGUCAAGCUGAUAGGGCAUUUGAAAUGGAACAGUAUGUCAGUGUUAUGAUAACUUUUACAGGGAGGUUUUGAAUUUGUUAAGUUGUAUAUUUCAAUACUGAUAUAUAUAUUUUUAAAGAUUUCCCUCUGUAUAUUUGCUUUAUCACUUUCUGAGUUGGGACCAAUGAUCAUGUCCAGCUAGAAUAUUUAACCUACCAACUAGUAUGCAGAUACAGAAUUCUGAUCAGUUUCUAUGUGUUACCUCACAGAAGUGGGGUCAUUGUCCAUUUACCGUAUUUUUCACUCUGUAGGACGCACCAGAUGAUAGGACGCACCUGGUUUGGGGGGGAGGAAAUAAGGGGAAAAAAAUUCUGAAUCCCCGAAGCCAGAACAGCAAGAGGGAUCUGGCUUCUGGGAUAGCCUCUUGCUGUUCUGGCUUCUGGGAUAGCCGCUGGGAUAGCUGGUCUAGCUUUGCGCGAAGCCUCCGCAGGGCACGGGGAGCCUUCAGCCCCAUGCCCUGCAGAGGCUUCUGGGACAGCCCGCGAAGCCUCCUGAGGGCAGUGGGAUGAAGGCACCCCACUGCCCUGCGGAGGCUUUGCACCGCUAACCCCGAAGCUAGAACAGCAAGACAGAGCACUGCACAGCACUCCGCCUCGCUGUUCUGGCUUCUGGGACAGCCCGUGAAGCCUCCGCAGGGCAGCAGGAUGAAGGCACCCUGCUGCCCUGCGGAGGCUUUGCACCGCUAACCCCGAAGCUAGAACAGCAAGACAGAGCUCUGUGCAGCGCUCCGUCUCACUGUUCUGUUGUUUUUUUUUAAUGAUGUUUAUUGAGAAUUUUAAAAUUACAAAAAAAACAAAGAGAAAAAGAAGGAAAAAACAAGAAAGAAACAAAUAGCAAUUAGACAAUACAAAUCGAUAAAAGUCAAAAGCAAAAAGCAAAAACAAAACACAUAGCACAUCAAAAUCAGAAAGCAAAAAUAAACCACAAAAAUUUAAAAACAGAUCCAAUAUUCCCAAAUCCUUAACUGUCAUUACCUUAUUUCAUCGACCUCCUCACACCUCCCUUUUUUGUAUUCUAGUUGUUGAUUGUCACAGCAAAUCCUUUCCAUUUUUCAUAAUAUUCUGUCAUUAAAUUACCUUAAUCUAUUUUAACCUUAUCUUACCAUAAAAAACCCUAAAACUUAAAACUUAAAUCUUAUUUAUACCAAUUUCUCAUAACCAUAGCAUAUUCUUACAUAGUUCUUUAACAUUUCUGCUAAAGCCAAAUAAUUUCAUUCCAACAUUUUUCUAAUACUCAUUAAUUUUAGAAAACAUUCCUAAGUAGAAUUUUUAAAACUUUCUUCCAAUCUUCAUCCAACGUCUCUUCCUCCUGGUCUCGGGUUUUGUCAGUCCUUUCUAUCCCAUCCAUCUAGUUCAUUAACCUGGUAACCUUAUGUCCGAGGCCCUUAAGUCUCUUCCAUGUCCCUUCCGCAGAUCUUCUUCAUAUUUAUACCUGUACUUUACUUUGUCUUCUGCUCCUUUCACUCGUGGAGACUCCAGCUUGACAAUAUUUUUGUCCCUUCUCGACAGAUCAGCCCCUUUUCCAUAGUCCACACUGAACUCCAUGUGGUAUUUAAAAGCAUGUUUCAAGGUCCCUCCAAAGUUGAGGACCCCCACAACUCCAAACUCCUCCCGGCCCAACGCCAGACUUGAAAAUUCAAAACAUCCCUGCAUAGGGGGGUCUAUCCAGCCCCCCAUCUCCAAGCCAAACAAGACUCUAUCUCUCCAAAUCUGGCUUUUUCCAGAUUCAUUCGUCAGAUCCAACAACUCAUGUUCCUGCUGGGCCACAGUUCCCUCCAUCUCUACCUCCCAGUGUCCAGCCACAACCUCCUCCCUCAUCUGAUCUGUCAGAGCACACUCCUGAAUUGAUUCCUGAGUGGGUUCUAUAUAGAUACCCACUACCUGUCCAAAAUUUCUGAUCGCAACAGUCAUCAAAUCCGUCUUCUCAUGUAACUGUUCCAAUAAAGCACUUGUCUUACAGAAAGCACGCACCAGAGCCUCCGAGUACAUUGUUGUGCAAGGUCAAAGUCUGAUCCCACGAUCUUAAUCUAUUGCAGCUGCAAAGCUCCCCAGUUCAAAUUUAAUAACAGUUUCACAAGCUCCCUCUAGGGGAAGAACUUCUAUUUGUAUCCAUCUCUCUCUUUAUUUUUUAAAGCAGAUCUAACAACAAAGUUUCCUUUUUUAGAUAUUUUGUCAAUAUUUUGUUCCUUUUAACUGCGAAGGAGAACAAUGGAAUCACUAUGUUUCUCUUCUUAUAACUGUCUGUCAAAAACGUUUGUCUAUAGUCAAUGAACUCCGAAAACGUCUGUCCUGACACCCCGCUCCCAGGUUCAAGACGGUGGAAAAUUGCUUUUCUUUACACACUCUUCUGCAGGUUUAAACAGUCCAGAAAAAAUCCCCCCUCUUCUCCUGCUUCCAAAGGGGGUUCAGUAAUUUUAGAUGAUGAAAGUUGAUCCUUUACAAACGAUUUUCUAAACUCUAGCUUGCCAUGUCUUUGCUUUAAUCUUUCUACAAAAAGCGGAAGGCUGACUUCCUGUUUAGACCUUCCCGCUUCAGUGCCAAAUUAAAAGGAAUUUCUUAGUCCAAUUUUCCGUUCUACUCACGGGUCGUUGUUUAGAGUCCAAUUGUCCAAAUUUAACCUACUCACGGGUAGUUGUUUUUGUAGCCAGAUUGUCACAGGAAAAAGGUAGCGCUCUCCGGUAACGGCUGUGCGGCUUCGCUCCACGGAAGAAGCAGUUGACUCUCAGCACCGCGCCGCUUGCCCCGCUUCGCUCCGGAGCCCGUAAUUGGGUUCCUUUACAAAUUGGGGGGGGCGCGAAAGGUGCCCACCGAGUCCCACGGUCACAGGCUUCACCCGCCUGUGAUUUUUUAAAGGGUCCCCGCUUCGCCGUAGCGGAACGGACCCGAUUUCCGUAGAGCCAGUCCCUCUGGAUCAGAGGGAGUCCGCCAUUACCGAUGGCAGCACCCCGGAAGUCCUCACUGUUCUGGCUUCUGGGGCAGCCUGUGAAGCCUCCAGAGGGCAGCGGGGUGCCUUCAUCCCGCUGCCCUCCGGAGGCUUUGCGCAGCAAAGCCCGAAGCUAGAACAGCGAGACGGAGCACUGCACAGCGCUCCCUCUCCCUGUUCUGGCUUCUGGCGUAGCCGCGCAGCCUGCACUCCAUAAGACGCAUACACAUUUUCCCUUACUUUUUAGAAAGGAAAAAGUGCGUCUUAUAGAGCGAAAAAUACGGUAAUCACAAUCUGACUCAAUUCCAGGAAAUAAUGAUCAGAAAUUCAGAUUUUGAAAUCAAAAUGCAGUGCUGUGUUUACCUUUUCUUCAAAUUUUGUUCUAUUCUUUCAACUUUGUCCAUCUAGGAGAAACAUUAUCUGAAAGAAGAGAGAAAUAAGUUAAGCCAGGAAUUGAGCUGUGUGGCUUCUUUAAACAACAAAAUGGCUGGAGAGCUGGAGGUUCUUAAGUCACAGGAUAAACGGUUGAGGGAAAAACUUGCUACCAUGGAGGCAGCUCUGGAUAAAGUAAUAAUAAUAAUAAUAAUAAUAAUAUAUUUUGUACCAUUCCUAUCUGACUUUGUAUUAUUUUGUCCCUGGUAUUAGUAGACAUUCUGUUUGUUUUGAGUUGUUAUUAGAUGGCAUACUUUUUUUAUUUUCUUCCACAUGUAUUUAUGCCAGUUUGUAACAAUCUUUUGAUCCCAAGCUUUUUUUUUAAUCACAUUUUCAGUUUGUUGAGAUUUAUUUCCUUUUUUGUACCACUCAGUAUACUAGCAACCAAGCCCCCAAACAGGACUGUGGCUGUAUUUAACUCAGUUUUGUUCAGAGUCGCCCCACUGAAAUUGUAAGGGUAUCAGGGGGUUGCUCGAGAGCAAUCAGGCAAGUGCCUCCCUGGUCGGCUGUAAAGCCUUGUUAUUGGUGCCAAAAAAACCUUCACUACACAGAGCGCCUCUAUUCCGUGUCUUGCUCAUUCACUGGCAGAAUCUGUGAGUGGGCGGUCCUUAAACCUCCCCCAGCAGAGUAGUUUCUUGACGCCCAGUCUGCGCCUCCCCUCUGCGCGGAAGCCUACUGCGCAGGGAGGGCGUGGGCAACGGAGGACCUCUCUCCUCCCCGCUUUGCCCAGGCAAGGUGUCCUGGCACCGCCUCGCCUCCUCCGAGCCCUGAAGCUCCUCUCCACUGGAGGCGUGGUUACUCUCCUCCGCUGAGGAGGUGCUGCUUCCCACGAUCUUUGGGGGCUCUCUCUAAUCCAUCCGGCUUUUCCCCUCUCGCCCCUGAGCCGGUUGCAGUUCCCUGACAGAUAUGAAUGACCAUUAGCAUUGGCGCCAUUAAUUUCAGGUGGGUCUGCUCUCGGAGCAAAACUUAACUGAAUACCAUCCAGUGGCUUUUAGGGUUGUUUCUUUUUGAAAAGCUUGUGUGAGUUUACCAAGAAAAACUCUUCAAGGGCCUCAAGUUUUACUACACAAAGUUCCCUCAUGAAGGUGAAUAAUCUCCGCCAUUUUCUCUCACAGGCUUCUAUGCAGUUUGCAGAAUGUCAGUGCAUUAUGCAGCGGCAGGAACAGGAAGCGAUGCGCUUCAAGCUUCAGCACACUUUAGAUGUAAAAGUAAGUUUUCGGCUUCAUUGAAAAGGUGCACUGGGAGCAUAUCCUUUACAACUAAAUUUAUUUUUUGAAAGCCAAGCUUCUCUCUUACCACAAGGGUCAUCUACUGCAAACCCCUGCAAUUCAGGAAUCUUUUUGCCCAACAUGGGGCUUGAACCCACAGCCAUGAGAUUCAGAACCAUAAUUUGCCUGGUAAUUAAACUUGUACGAGCCUUUCUGCAACGUUGCUUAUGCAUAAAUCCACUCUUGACUGAGCCCUAAAUGAAUAGAAUCAGUCUGGUCUAGGAAUUUCACAAUGGAAGCUUCGUUCAGGUAAGCAGUGGCAAAUCUCCUCCUGGUUUCUGAAUAUCAGCAGUUUUUAUGUCGGAUCUGCAUCCGUUUAUUCUCAACCAGUGUGGCAUCUAUCGCUUUGCAGGUAUAUGAGCCUUUGAUGGCAUGGCUGAUGUUAUUAGCUCUUAUAAUAGUUCUUCCUGCGUAGAUACGGCGAGAAAGCACAGACUGGGAUGAAACAUGCUUUCUUAAAAAUGCGCCUGAACUGGUCGCGUUUUAUUUUGAAGAAAAAGUGACUACCGAGUCCCAGUUCAGAGUGUGCUGAUCAACAUGCUGCAGACACCCACCCUGCAAUAUGUUAUUUGUUCCUAAAGGUGCUGUUUGCACUAAAAAGCACCUUUGGCUGGGGGGAAUUGCACACAAGGGUGGGAAUGUAGAUGCAUAGUCUGACCGGAGUUGGCAUCUGGGUUUGUUGAACAGCCUAGUCCCCAUAUUUUAUAUUUCUAUUAAUUGGCCCAUCAUUAAUCCUGGGCAGCUGUUGUAGAUUAUAGAUUAGGGAGCACUCUGUAAGUGGGCACAUGCCUAAUGUUUCUCUGGCAACCUUCCAUUCUGGAUUCUUUGCCAAAACCGAAGCCCUAUGAACAUAAUUUUUAUUCCGCUUACUCAGACGAUCCUUCGUCCACAGGAGCUGCAAGGACCAGGGUACCUGCUGGGCUCCUCUUCGGUCAGGCCACGCCUUUCAUCCUUGCCUCAUUCCCACUCUUCUAGCGCACCAGCAUCCCAAGCCUUCGCUGGCCACAUCGUAAGUAUCACAAAAUAUCCCUGCCAGGUUUAGCAACAGGUGGCGCUGUGGGUUAAACCACAGAGCCUAGGACCUGCCGAUCAAAAGAUCAGCAGUUCAAAUCCCUGCCACGGGGUGAGCUCCCGUUGCUCGGUCCCUGCUCCUGCCAACCUAGCAGUUCGAAAGCACGUCAAAGUGCAAGUAGAUAAAUAGGUACCGCUCCGGCGGGAAGGUAAACGGCGUUUCCGUGCACUGCUCUGGUUCGCCAGAAGUGGCUUAGUCAUGCUGGCCACAUGACCUAGAAGCUGUACACCGGCUCCCUCGGCCAAUAAAGCGAGAUGAGCGCCGCAACCCCAGAGUCGGUCACAACUGGACCUAAUUGUUAGGGGUCCCUUUACCUUUACCUUCCAUAAAUUACUGUAUUUUUCCGUGUAUAACACCCCCCCCCCAUUUAUAAGACGCCUCCUGUUUUGGGGACUCAAAAUUAGGAAAAUGGAGGGGAUUGCCUAUAGUUGUUGAGCUUUCGGGGGGGCACAAAGUUGUUGAGAUUGCCGGAAAUCGCUCACUUGUCUGCCCGAUGCUGACACUUGCACACAUCCCAAAAGCCGCAAAUCGCCCGCCCUAUUGCCACACCCUGGCAGCCAAUCAUCCGCAGCCCUUGCCACAGCCACCAAUAACAUGCCCAAUAGCCACUGACAAUCUCUGGCUUGCGGCAGCAACCAAUCCCACAUCCCACCUUAUGCACUAUCCAUGUAUAAGACGACCACCAAUUUUUGGACAUAACUUUUAAAGAAAAAUACCUCGUCUUAUACGCAGAAAAGUACGGUAACUUGGUUAAUACAGCAGUGCAGUUUAGGGAACAUCCCUCCUCUUUGAAGGAAAAAAAAAAAGCGAAGACAUCUGUAGUAUUUGGACGAGGUGGGCAUCACUAACUCCUGUGGGAUAACAAUUCUCGGUAGUUGGUCAGACAAUAUAAAAAUGAAACUAGAUGUUACUUUUAACUAGUGCCAAAAAAAAUUACUAUAUUUAUUUGGGGGUGUUUCAUUAUGCUUCUGAAAAGUGAAGGCCUGUUUUCACAGUAUUUGAAAUCCAUAUUUCCAUUCAGAUACCAUCCAGGGCCAGCUGCCCUGGCAAGGACGACCCAUUACGAGAUUUAAAGCAACUUCUCCAAGAAUUGCGGUAUACCAUCGAUGAGAUCCCCUCUACCAUUCUCCCCAGAAGAGAAAGUGACAGCGAGCCCGAUUCAAUUCUGGAAGGCGCUAGCAAUUUAUUGUAAGAAUGUACAAAAACACCAUGAACAUGCCUUUGGAAAUGAGUGAAAUCUUAUUAUCCAUGGGUUUGGAAAAGAAUGAUUCGUUUCAGAAAUGAAUGAUUCUUAGGCAAGGGACUUUCUGCUCAUACAGUGUGCGACAAGUACUGUGGUCUCUGAUUUACUGAUACAUCACCCAUGCUGUGUUAAUCCACUAAAAGGCUUCAAAUUGGAUUCUAGUUUUGCCUUGCAGCAGGCAGGAGUGAAAGGUGAUUGAUGUAGUAGGUGAACUUUGAAAUUCAGAUUGAGCUAGUUCUUUCCAAUGAACAUGGAACUCCCUCACCCAUGUAGCUCCAUGUACACCUCUCAUUUCUCCCUCUUCUCUUCUCCCCCCUCUUCUUUUUAUUCUUCUCAGGCUCCCCUCUCUGAUCUUCUCCUUUCUCCUGCAUUUUUCUAGCCCCCUCCAAACACCUGUUCUCCCUAGGCUCUUCAGCCAGCCUUGCCCCUCUCUAUGAUCUCAGCAGCUGAACCACUAGCACCCACAGAUUCCCUUCUGGGUUCAGGAGGGCAGCUCAGCCAAUCACUGAGAGGCUUAAUCACCACCACAAAAUCUUUUAAGUACAUUACAUCAGGGGAGGGCAGAAAGUAGAUCAGGAUCUACUGAGAGAUCACAGGGUGAUUUGCAGUAGAUCAACAAGGAUUUCUGACUAACAAUAGCCGCAACAAAAUCACUCUCACCCCACCUUAAAUUUUACUAUGGAAGAAAGCUUGGGGUAACCCAGAUUGGGUUUUGGUAUGGAAGGACUGUGUGUUUCAUUCAUUCUUCCACAUUUCUGCAGCAAUUUGCUGGGUUUUGUUUUUGUUUUUGUGUUUUUAAUGCCCAUGGAAAUUAUUCAGCUGCUUAGUGCGAAUUUUCAUAAUAAACAUAUUUCCGUAUGCCGUUUUGUCUAACGCACACAUUUUUGCAAGUGAUUUCUAAUAUAACACACUUUUGUAUGUUACAUUCACUAAUAUGUUCAUUUAAUUCACAUUUCCAGCAAUCCGUGAUUUUUUGUAAACACUGGUUAGAGAAUUGUGCUGUAAUAUUCGGAUAAGAGUGAAUAAGUGCAAAUUUUGAAGUAUAUCUGUGUUUUGGUUCUCAUAUUGUUUUGGAGCCUGCAUAUGUGAUGGUUUCAGCUUUAAAUGUAAACUGAACUGAAUCCCCCCCCCCCCCGGCUGCUGAAUCUCAGGAUUCUAGUAAAAACAACAAUUCAAAGUAGAUCCUUCAGGCCUGAAGUUUGCCCACCAACCCACUGUGCUACAUUAUAGAUAGGCAGCAUCUUUGGACAAAGGCUUAGCAACCCUAUACUUACCUAUUGGUUUCAAAGCAUUCUGUUAUUCUCCAGGGUGGGGGCAGAUUAGGAAUUUAAACAAGCGCCUCUCAUGCUGUAUUUUCCUCCCACACAGGGACCUUGCAAGCAGAGACUGCAUUGGCAGGAGAUCACAUGAAACUUACAGCAGGUGAGCCAAUUCAGCCGAGGCUCUGAAAUUCCUUUGAAGAUCAAAGUUUCUGUGUUGCAGCCAGGAAGAAGAGCGAGGGUGCAUUUGUCACAGUUCUGUAUUUCUUUUAAUGUACAAGUUGCUCUUUAGUUUCAUGAAAACCUACUGGUCACUUCUGUGAUAUCUGUAUAUCUAUGAGCGUUACUUGGCCACUCAAAAAGCUGUUCCAGGGACAGCCAACAGAUGGAGUUCCCCCCAGCCUGCCUUUUUGCCUUCGUGCCACAGUUACAGGUGUUUCUUGAGCUGACUCAAGCACAGCAGGAGCCAACAUCAGCGUCUGGCCUAGAGGCAGGGUGGGACUUGCCCAGAAAAUACAGCCUGCUGAGCAGCUCCCUUAGGGAGGAAGAUUGCCCAAGCAAAAAAAUAUAAAAUACUCCCCUGAUUCUCCAACAGCUUCCAUCCUGCACGGAAGAAUGAACCACUUCUCCUUAAAGUGUGGGAUAGAGCAGCUACCAGAUAGGAAACAGUGCCUCUUUGAGCAAUGCUUUUGCCUAUGAACCACUGCUACCCAAGCAACUUGCUCAGGAAGAGCGCUGGUUGAGAAAAACAAGCAUAGAAUUGUAGAGUUGGAAGGGACCCCGAGGGUCAUCUAGUCCAACCCCGGGCAAUGCAAGAAUCUCAGCUAAAGCAUCAAUAGCGGGUGGCCACCCAACCUCUGCUUAAAAACCUCCAAGGAAGGAGAGUCCACCACCUCCCAAAGGAGACCAUUCCACUGUUGAACAGCUCUUACUGUCAGAAAGUUCUACCUGGUGUUUAGUUGGAAUCUCCUUGUAACUUGAAGCCAUAGCAGAAGAAGAAGAAGAAGAAGAGUUUGGAUUUGAUAUCUGGCUUUAUCAUUACCCUAAGGAGUCUCAAAGUGGCUAACAAUCUCCUUUCCCUUCCUCACCCACAACAAACACUCUGUGAGGUGAGUGAGACUGAGAGACUUCAGAGAAGUGUGACUGGCCCAAGGUCACCCAGCAGCUGCAUGUGGAGGAGCAGGGAAUCGAACCAGAUUACGAGUCCACACAUUGGUUCGAGAGUCCUCCCCUCCACAGCAGGAGAAAACAAGCUUGCUCAGUCUUCCAUGUGACAGCCCCAGAGAUAUAUGAAGAUGGCUUUCCUCUCUUCUCUCAGUCUCCUCUUUUCCAGGCAAAACAUACCCAGCUCCUUCAACCGUUCCUCAUAAGUCUUGGUUUCCAGAUCCUUGAUCAUCUUGGUCACCCUUCUCUGCAUAGCGGGUUCCAGCUCAGAGGAGUCUUGAUUUUAUUUUUAAUUUCUAUUCCCCCUCUAAAAGAGUGUUCUCCUUUUUCACCAAGAGGGUUUCUCCAGAGGGGCUCAAGUAUUGCUUUGUGCCUGAGCAUUACCUCUUCUCACUUUAAUGAGACCCUUGUCUCUCAACACAGGGAAACUGCAGUCCGGGACCUGCCUUCCGAUGUCACCAUGGGGCAAGAUAGUUUCAGCAGGUGAGAAAUGAUGCCUUGGGUUUGGGUCCUCUGACAUGACAAAUUUGUCACUCCUCCCUUUUUACACAAAGGAGAAAUAUUUUAGGGAGAGAGAGAAAAUCUCACCACUGAGACAGUGGCAGCAUCCUCUUAGCAUAGUUUCUGUAAAUGGUUUUUUUGUUUGUUUUUUUCCGGCAUGUGAUAGGCAGUUUUAUGUUGCAACAUUAUGCAUUGGGGCUCCUUAUCAGAGCUCAGGAAACCCAAGCUGGUCUUCCAGAAGUCUCCUGCCUCUCUGCUUGCCUUGAACCAGACCCAACAAAUUCUACAGCAGCCCCUGAGGAUCACACACAACUCCUGUAGCAUAUUGGCUUGCUGUUGCCAACAGCAACAGCAGUUGCAGGUCUGCGUGUAGCUAGAGGUAAAAAUCUUCCACUGCAGUUCAAUCAAUAAAUAAGGGUGUGUUGCACUGUACAUUCAUUUGGUCCAUUCUACACACUGUGACAUAUCAGGCCCUAUACGAAGACUUUACCCUUUAAUUUAGAAAGCCAUAGACUUGCUGGUAACAGAGCACAGCAGGCUGCCCCGGACAGCUGUCUCUCCCCGCUGAGAAUUAGACACAUGGAAAUAUUUUUAUAUCAGGAAUGACUUUCUGAGACUAAGCGAAGUUGAACUGCUAGUAAAACAAGAACAACAACCAAUCUUAUCACAGAACAAAAAUGUAAGAUGAGAUUAAUACAAAAAUUCACAAAAUCAUAGCACGGAUAAUACAAAACUUCUAAGAGUAAUUGUGGCUUACCAGAUUUAUAUCACACAAGUGGACAGCUCUCAACAAGAAAACUGUCGAACUUGCUUUUUAUAUCCAUCUGUGUGCAUGCUCUUAAACACUAUUUCUUUAACGCCCUAAAUUAGCUGUUAAUUAAUACAAUUAAAAAUACUAUAAACCAAAACUACAAAACAAGAAUAGUUGUUUCAAAGGAUGCAAUCAUACAAACUAUUACUAUUAGUAGAAUGCUGUCCCCAGGGAGGUUUGCCUGGUAUCUUCAUUAUACACCUUUAGGCACCAGGCAAAAACAUUCUUCUUUAACCAGGCCUUUGUCAGCGGCUCCCGGCUGGUUGCCCAGGAAGUAUAAAGGCAAGCAAAAGUUUCUUGCCAUCCUUUUUUAUUUCAGUCUUUACAGAGAGAGGCUAUAGAACCCAGCCUCUUGGAUAAUGGCAUUGUCCCAAGUGAACCCCCACCCCCGUCUCUCCCUCAUUCGUCACUUCUACAGGUGCUGCUACGUGCCCUCUGUCUUUGAGCUCCUUGCUAUCCUACUUUUAAGGCUCACCGGGUUCUGGGAGAUGGUGGGUCUGGAAUGCUUUCUAGUGACAAUGUGUCAGCCAGCUGCUGCUCUGGUUCUGCCUGGUCCUUCUCUCCCAUUAUUUCCCAACUUUCCCUCUCAUCUGCCUCUGAGCUGUGACCUCCUGCAAACCACUGUUGUAAAUCUAUACUGUCUUCCUCUUCCUCCUCCCUGGGAGGGUCAGGAUGGGGAGGCGGUCUCCACCAUUCCUCCUCUGCCCAGUCCCUGACAGCCUUUGGCUGAUUGACACCCAAUGCCCUUUUAAAAUGUGGGGUGGGGUUGUUUUUGUUAUGUAUUUUGUGAUUUUAUAUUAUGAUAAUAAUAAUAAUAGUAAUAAUGAGACUUUUAAACUCACAUGUAUAUGAGAGACAUAUUUUAAUCUCAACCAUUUUAUACACUCAGCCAUAAUGCUAAGGUUUAAUUGAGAAUCGAUGAAUUCUUUUUUGUGUGUGCAUAUGUAAGAGUGUGACUGCUUCCAGAAACAUAACCCCCUAGCACCUAAAUCAGCCUUUCUCAACCUGUGGGUCCCCAGAUUUUGUUGAACUACAACUCCCAUCACCCCUAGCUAGCAAGGCCAGAGCUCAGGGAUGAUGGGAGUUGUAGUCCAACAACAUCUGGGGACCCACAGGUUGAGAACCGCUAAUGAUGCUUUUGUGUACGAAAUGGUGUGGCUGCAAAGUACUUCUGCCCCCUUGUGCUAUUUGGAGCAACACGACUGCUUUCUGGACUUCUGUGUGGCUCUUGCACAGCUCUGCUUAUCUAGCAGCUCUGCCUCUUGGAACGAAGGAUAAGGCUUUUGAAGGCUACUAUCCAAGAAAGCUAUACUCCGCCUCCAUGGUCAGAAGCCGUGUGCUUCCGAAUACCAGCGCUGGAGGGGAGAGUGCUGUUGCUUUCAGGUCCUGCUAGCAGGCUUUGCAUGGACAUCUGGUUGGCCACUGUGAAAACAGACUCCUGGACUAAAUGGGCCAUGGACCUGAUCGAGCUGGGCUACUCUUGUGUUCUUCUGUUUGUGCACAGGGAACCUUUAACGUUACAUGCUACAGACCUCGAAGAUUCAGAUGCUACCCUUCCCUUCACGUCCAGUGGUGAGUUUCCAUUAAACAAUUAAAGAACUAAUAUUCAGGGAAGGCACAGUAUCGGCUUGGAAUAUGGACUCGAGUUUUGUUUUCCAAGCCUUGAUGUUGUGUUGCCUAACGUGCUCUUUCUAUAAGGUUUGUUUAGUCUGUUUUUUAACUACCCUUUAUUAUUGCAAUGCUGUCUUUGCCACAUCCAGUGUCUAAAGGAAUCUUCAGUUCCACUCCUCGUUUUACUUCUUCGAAUAAACUGUCCCCAGAGGAGAGGUACAAAGACAGGUCUCCCGUGCACUCACUGUUAACGGCUCAUCUGGAUGACCUGAAGGUAACUCCUGCAACCUGUUCAGAACGCCGGUCAAGUCUGAAGAAGAGCAGCUCCCCGGAAGCUACAUCCUCUUCUGCCUGUAGAAGUAAGUGCCAAGCUAUAAUCUAGUAAAAGGUAAAGGUACCCCUGCCCGUUCGGGCCAGUCUUGCCAGACUCUAGGGUUGUGCGCUCAUCUCACUCUAUAGGCCAGGAGCCAGCACUGUCCGCAGACACUUCUGGGUCACGUGGCCAGCGUGAUAAGCUGCAUCUGGCAAGCCAGCGCAGCACACGGAACACCGUUUACCUUCCCGCUGGUAAGCGGUCCCUAUUUAUCUACUUGCACCUGGGGUGCUUUCAAACUGCUAGGUUGGCAGGCGCUGGGACCGAACGACAGGAGCGCACCCCGCCGCGGGGAUUCGAACCGCCGACCAUGCGAUCGGCAAGUCCUAGGCGCUGAGGUUUUACCCACAGCGCCACCCGCGUCCCACUGCUAUAAUCUAGAGCCAGCCAUAAAACCACUGGAACAAGGGGUAGUUGGGGCUUCUUCAUAUGGUCUUCCCAACCCAUACAGUGGUAACUCUGGUUACAUACUUCAUUCGUUCCGGAGGUCCGUUCUUAACCUGAAACUGUUCUUAACCUGAAGCACCACUUUAGCUAAUGGGGCCUCCUGCUGCCGCUGUGCCGCCGGAGCACGAUUUCUGUUCUUAUCCUGAAGCAAAGUUCUUAACCUGAAGCACUAUUUCUGGGUUAGCGGAGUCUAUAACCUGAAGCGUAUGUAACCCGAGGUACCACUGUGCUAUAUAUUAUUAAAGGGAGACGACAUUGGCUACAGGCUUGGUGAUGACAUCACAAGGAAAAGGGAAAGAACAGAAAAUGUAGGGGCAUACGGAGGACUCGGCCCAAAUUUAGCUUUUUGGCAUCAGAGCCAGCUACAGGCCUGAGGGAGCCAUCAGCCCAGUGCUCCCCUGUGGUUUUCACCAAGCAGCAGCGUAGCAAAUGGUGUCAGCAAAGUGAGCGUUUUAAAUUGCCCACAAUGCCCCUGACAUUCAAGUCAUUCAGGAGCGCUCAUGGCAUGUUAAAAAUGGUGGGUCUCAGGCUACUAGCCUGGGAGUUGCAGCCCCAUUCCCAGGUGCCCAAGGAUGACAUGCGCAGAAGUUGGGCCUCUUUUGGCACACCAGUCAGUGCAAACAUUCAAAACCUCCAGGUGUAAAUAAAAGUCAAGUGGCACCUUUUAUUGUCAUGUAAUCAUGAUCCAAAACCACAUUAUCUUAACUGGGGUUUUCCUUCUUCUUUCCAAACAGGUAUCUCCUUUGGCACCUCUUGUAAGUGAACUUUUGCUUAAACAUUUUGCAACGUUUCUCACUAAAUAAUUCUGCUCCCACUGCUGUAAUGUACCAGCAGUCUCCCAGCUCGCUGAAAUAUUGAGGAAAAGAAAUUCUGCCUACUUUACACAUUCCUUUUCGUCUUUGCCUUGGUGGUGGUGGUGGUUUUAUUUCUUCAAUUUAUAUACCAUCAAAAGAUCUCAGAAACACAUUACAAAACAUCAAUGAUAAAAACAUAGUAAAAAGCGCACUGACAGACAGCCUAAUAGUAAAAUAUUCAUAAUAGUAACAUUCUUCUCCCCUACGCUUUCACAGGCCAUAGAUUAUUUAAUGGCCACAGGCCUGAGCUUGCUUUUAAUUACUGAUAGACAGAUUUUGCUGAUAGGAAAAUGGCCAGCUUUCUGGAAUGUGUUUUCCCCAAGCAAUUGCUUUACAUUGCUUCAUGUCAAGCCAGUUCCAGCUGGGUUUCCCCACAGAUGAUGGUGAACAUGGCCUGGAAUCCGCAGGGUUUUAGUCGGCUCCCGUUUCAUGUACAAUCUCCCUUCUCUGCACACUUCUUUUCAUGAAAAGUGUAAAGCAUACUUCAUUCCUGUUUUGUGAACAUGGCAGAAAUGUUAGCAGCAUUCCCAUUGCAUGUGUUUUGGCCCUUAAACAACUAGGAUUUCAAGUGUAAAUGUGCUGAUCUUCAGAAGAUCAACAUGACCACCACCAUCAGCCAGUGUUAAUGUGAUACCACUAAUAAAUUGUGAGCUGGCCCAGUUCCAGGGUCUUCAACACUAUGGUGGGCCUGCUUUCAGAUGAACACUCCGUUUAUAUCUCUGACUGUGAUUUAAUAUUUUGUCUGCAGCUAUUCAGGCAGGGGAUGCCAAUGGAAACGCCUGCAGGAAAUUACAGAAUAAGAUGGAGAGUCUGCAAAACCUAGUGGAAACAUUGCAGUUGAAAAACCAAGGUACGAAAUCAUACCCUGUUUGACAGUUCAGUAAUUUGCCUGGAAUAAGACUUGUCUUCCUACAUGUUGCUGCCAACAAAAAAGAGAAGACUUUCUACACAGGAUGUACCACUUACUAAAAAGUUGUCAAGUUAACUGUUUUGCAAAUUAUUUUACUGCCCAUUGCAAAUAUGUAUGCUGUAUCACUUUGGGGAGGAGUAAUUCUGAGAGUCCUGGUGCAGCUGCUGCAAACUUUUAAGUAGACGCAUCAAGAAAGGAACAGUUUAGGUGAUUUUAAACUCUGGACUUAAUAGUCGUGGGGAUGGGGACACACACACCCUUUAGUUAGCAAUGUGUAUUACUUACCGUAUUUUUUGCUCUAUAAGACUCACUUUUUCCCUCCUAAAAAGUAAGGGGAAAUGUGUGUGCAUCUUAUGGAGCGAAUGCAGGCUGCACAGCUAUCACAGAAGCCAGAACAGCAAGAGGGAUUGCUGUUUUCACUACGCAGCGAUCCCUCUUGUUGUUCUGGCUUCUGAGAUUCAGAAUAUUUUUUUUCUUGUUUUCCUCCUCCAAAAACUAGGUGUGUCUUGUGUCUGGUGCGUCUUAUAGAGAGAAAAAUACAGUAUUUCAAAACACCAGUUUAUUAAUCGCCUUCUGUACAAUCAAGGCGACUUACAAUAAAAAAAGCAAAAAGCAUGGUAGGCCAGUCCUGCUAUGGAGAUGGGGGGGGCUGUUCAUUCUGCUUAGUAGGGUCCCAGACAUUUACCCCCCCUAUCCCUUCACCUGCUCUGGCACCACCCCUGCAGAGGAAGGGCAAAAGCUCAAACCACCCCUUGCUGACAGAAUGUUUAUGUAUAGCGUGCCAUCAGUAUGUUUGAGUAUACAAGGAAAUAUCUCUACCUGGAGGGGUCAUUUGACACAGGCAAAGCAGAAAACAGGAGUGGAGAAUGCUGGGAAAAGGCACCUUCAUUCCUUUGUGAUGCACUGGGGACCGCCCUGCUGUUACCAACGCUGGUUGGAUGGUACUUGUGACAAGAGGAACAAGCUCUUGUCAUAAAUGCAAAAGGUUCUUUGCCAACCUCAUCCCUUCCACUGGUGCGCAUUGUUGAAAACGGUCCUUGGUUUCGUGAAGAGCCAACCUGCAGGGGGACAGGAGCGUUGUUCUUUUGUGUUUUCUACCCUCCUUGGUUGUGUAUUAAUGUUCCUUCCCUCAAUGCUACCUUCAGCAAUGUCUACAAUGAUCCGAUGCCAGGAAAAGAAGAUCGAGAAGGCAAAGGAGAAGGAGAAGAAGCUGUCCAAAUGAAAUGUCGUGUGGUUCUCAGUCGCUCAGAUGUAUGUAGAUUGUGCUCUGUUAAAUGGAAUGCUAAAAGCCUACCGUUACUGUUUAAUAAUAAAAGUUGCCAUAGUUUUGUAAUCUGCCUCUCUGUGUAGAAAAAGCAGGUUUGGCAAACAAAAGUGCCAGUCUCUUGUUGGCAUAAACAAGGCAGUGGCCAUAUUCACCAAAUGGAUGUGCUCAGCUACAAACAACUCCCUAAAUGUUCAUACCAUCUUAACUUGCACCUUAUCCUUUAUUAUUUAAAUAGGACUUUUAUGAGACUCA